ACCGCGCAGCGCGGCGCGGCCGCCUCCUCGCUGCGGGCGCGCAAGACAAACGGAUCCGCUUCUUCUGACGCCGGGACCGCCCCGCCGGGACCGCUAAGCGCAGGAAGGCGGCCGCGCCGAGGCAGGAAAGGGGCGGAGGGCCGUCGGGUGGGCCUGACUUCACCACACAGCCCAGGCAACGCUGCCUCUCUCCGCCUCCUCGCAGUCCCCCGGCGGCGCCUGCAGCAGCAGCAGCAGCAGCAGCGCUCUCCGUCCCGGCAGCGAUGGACGGCGAGCCGAGCGGCAAGGAGCCCGACGACGCCGACCCAGCUUACGGUAAAGGAGGAUGCGCGGGAAGAUUGCGCGCGGAGGGAUCCCUCGGGCCGGGGCUCGCACCGGGGACCUUCCUUCCUCCCGCCCGUCCCGCCAGCCGCUGCGACAAUGGCGCCCGCCCCUUGUGAGGGGCUUUGCCGGUGGUGGCUCUGCCCGGCUGGGGCGUCGGCCCAAGGCGGGGUGGCUCCUCAGACCCCGGGCUCGAGCGGCCUCCGGCUUCUCCCCUCGGCGUUGCUUCCAGCAAAUAGGCAGGCGCCCGCUACCUGAAAUCCAGGGCAGGUGGAUGAGUCCCCUCUCCCAGGUAACAGGUGUGGCCCGACGAGGAAGGGAAAGGGGUUGCUGGUUUCUUGUUUUUUCCCCGGGGGCGGCGGCGGGGGGGCUGAGAGAGAAGAUAUAUUGCUUUGUUUGUAGCUUCCCUCUAUAGCAGUGGUUCCCAACCUUUUUUUGGCCAUGCCCCACCUAAGCGUCUCCAAAAUCCUGAUCCCAUCACCACCCCUGUGACAUAUAAUUCUUAUUAUUCAAAAAGCAAAGUCCUAUUCACGUGGAGGAAGCCUAAAAGGCCAUUCACUGUUAAUAACUCAUUCUGGAAUACUCCCCCUUAAAAAUCAAAUUGUGCCCCACGUUGGGAACCAGGGGUCUAUUAGCUGGGGCAGGAUAGGAAGCGGGGGUGCCAACUUGAAAUUUUAUUUAUGCUUUUCAGGUUUAUACAUUUCACUAAUUUUACAAUCAUUUUGACAUUUCAAAACUUGAAUUCCUUGAAUAAACUAAGGGGGGGGGGACCCAGGUAAGCCCCACCCCGCAUAAUCAAACACAAGAUGUGGCACACAAACACCAUUUGAAUGGCAACGCCCAUCAACUUUUGGGCGGAGCGGUCCCCUCAAAUGUUUUAUUGGGGGUGGCAAAGGGACCUCAGCCCCUAGGAGUUUACUCCUAUGGCGGUGGUGGUGGGGCUUUCUCAUCUCCCCAUGACCACCAGCUCCCUCCCGAUGCAAGGUGGAUUGACUGCUGUUUGGGUGUUCACCAUCGUCCUCUUGGCUCAGGCAGCUUCUGAUUCUCCAUUGGCCCAGGAAUGUCUCCUGGUCUCCCUGGCUAGUCUUGUGAACCGUUAGAAGAUGAGCAAAUUGAUUAUGGCAUGAAUUUCUUGAGGACCACCGACUUUAUGGACUGCAGCUUACGCUACAAUCAGCAUCCAGGUGCCCCAAGAGUCGUUGUUGCCUUUUCCGCAACAGACUAAGGGGCUGGCCAAAGAUGUAUGAGAACCUCUAUAUAAACAGGAAGCAGACAGAAGCUGUGAAAACAGCAGUGCUUGUGGGUGACGAAGCGUCUUAGCAGGCAAGAUUUUUUUGAAACGCUGGGGGAGGAGGGCAUUUAUCUCUGCCCACUGGCUUGAAGGAGUUCUCUUCUGAUUUAAACUCCUGCAAAACAGUGGUUCUCCAAGGGUGUGGCAGGAGAGGAUGGCAAGUGUGACGGGGAAGAUUCUAGAGAGAUCAAAGAAACAUUUAAACAUUUCUGAGUAGUGUGGAUGUACAACCAGAAACAGUAUCCACUCCUCUCUUCAAAAGAAUUGGCUAUUCUUCUACAGUUCUUCAUGGCAUAUUGUGAACAGGGAUUUUCAACUCUGAUAUAAAUAUGAAAGAUCAGAAAAGAGAAAGGCUUUUUGUGGUGAUGAGGACAUGAGGGUUUGUCUCAAAUUGGACCUCAUAGAAAUGAGAUUACCUGGCAAAAGCAAGCUUGCACCUCUCAUUGAGUUUGUAUACACAAGGUGCAUAUGUGAGACGUUCGUUUAAUUAUUACAUUUUGGGAAUGAUUCAUGUUAUUAUGUAGCUGCAUUGUUUUAUACUCCCCAGAUGUCCCAUGAUCAUAUUAAAAAGCAGUUGUGUUUGAUGUUAUAAAUCAAGCACUGCUAGUUGUUGUUUCUUUCUGUUGUGCAAUGUAUUUCUUAUCAAGAAAAAGUUCAGUGUGGCACAAGCAAAUUUUUAUUCUGAAAGUGUGGCCCACGGAAAAAAGUUUGAGAACCUCUGAACUAGAGCAGCAGGCAGCUCUCUUUUAUCUAGGCUCCAUCAAAAGGCCUUUUCUAAACUCACCGCUUGAAGCGGAUUAAGGAAAUGAUAGAGGAGAGUGAGGCUGAAUUGGUUGAUUGUAAGCUAUUUACAGGGACGCGGGUGGCGCUGUUCGAAAGCACACAGUGCAAGUAGAUAAAUAGGUACCGCUCUAGUGGGAAGGUAAACAGCAUUUCCAUGCGCUGCUCUGUGUGGCUUAGUCAUGCUGGCUACAUGACCCGGAAGCUGUAUGCCAGCUCCCUCAGCCAGCAAAAUGAGAUGAGCGCCGCAACCCCAGAGUCGUCCGCGACUGGACUUAAUGGUCAGGGGACCCUUUACCUUUAAGCUACUACAUUAGGGGUCUGUACCAGGAGGUCCUGUGCCCAAAUAUUGUGCAUGAAGGGGCAGCCUGCCCCUUCCACCAGUGCCAACCAGAAAGGAAAGGGGUUUGUUGUGGCCGCAGAACGGCACUUUGGAAGGCUUGCCCAAUUCCCCUUGCUCAACUUUUCAAAUUCUCCACUGAAGGCCCCCAGUAUUGGCAGUUGUUAGCAAGUGAUGCCCUGACUCUAGUUGCUGCUCUCAGAGCAAUGUGGGCAGUGGGAGUUCCUCUUUCCUUGAAGGAAGUGGUAUUGUGCUUAUAUCAUGUGCUGAAGAUAUAGACGUGACCAGUGGGGUGCCAGGCGGACUCCUUUAAGGCCUUCCACCUCUAUUUUAGUGAGUUGCUUUCCCUCUGAAUUGUGCUUUGCUCUGGGUUUUUCUCUCUCUCUCACACACACAAGGCUGUGCUGCCUUUCUUCCACCCACAUCCGCCCUAAAACCAUUCUUGCUUCUAAUCACUCCGCAUGACUUCACUUUCUUUUUCUUAAGACAAUAGCUUGGGCAGUGACUGGAUCAUGCCUCACCAGCUGAGGAGCACAAGCUGCGACAGCCAUGCAGUGUUAGAAACUCAGAUAUAUACGCUAGGAACAAAAUGGCUCCUUAAAACCAAGGUUACAGUCGCCAAAACAGAACGUUUAGGGAUGCUUUUAAUAUUUGAUGAAUUAUUGUAUUUUAAUAUUUUGUUGGAAGCCGUCCAGAGUGGCUGGGGAAACCCAGUCAGAUGGGCAGGGUAUGUAUGUAUGUACAGUGGUACCUCAGGUUACAUACACUUCAGGUUACAGACUCCGCUAACCCAUAAAAUAGUACCUCAGGUUAAGAACUUUGCUUCAGGAUAAGAACAUAAAUCGUGCUCCGGCGGCGCAGCAGCAGCAGCAGCAGCAGCAGGAGGAGGCCCCAUUAGCUAAAGUGGUGCUUCAGGUUAAGAACAGUUUCAGGUUAAGAACAGACCUCCAGAACGAAUUAAGUUCUUAUCCCGAGGUACCACUGUAUGUAUGUAUGUAUGUAUGUAUGAAUGAAUAAAUAAAUAAAAUUAUAUAAAUUAUUAUUAUAAUAUCUAGUUGCCAGCUCUAAAGACAGCUCUAGUAAGACAGCUCUAAAGUCUUAUUUCUCAAAGGAUGGACUGACUGUGAUUAGUUCUCAGUCAAACAUCUGGCUAGUUCAGAUGACAACCUGAAGCUAGGUUAAGAGCUUUGAGAACUGAAUGAAGAAUGUCACUUGAUCCAGGGACAGUCCACAUAGAUUUUGGCCUAUUCCUACCCCCCCCCCCUCCUUAAUGCUGACUGCUCCUGCUCAGGCUGCACAGAAAAAUCAAAUUGGUUCCUGAAAUUCAAUCUGAUCGUGCAGAUAAAAUUAUACAGGAGCUAGUAUUAGUGUGUGAAAACAGCCCAGAUCCAAUGAACCACAGAUGGUGGAGAUGUCAGGCACCAUCCUGGCACCUAGGCAUCUUCACUUGGUCGCAGGUGAUCAUGGCUGAGUGGGGAUUCAAAACUUGGUCUCCCGGGUCCUAGUCCAACAUGCCAGGGGUCAGCAAACUUUUUCAGCAGGGGGCCGGUCCACUGUCCAUCAGACCUUGUGGGGGGCUAGACUAUAUUUUUUUUGGGGGGGGGAAUGAACGAAUCCCUAUGCCCCACAAAUAACCCAGAGAUGCAUUUUAAAUAAAAGGACACAUUCUGCUCAUGUAAAAACACGCUGAUUCCUGGACCGUCCACGGGCCGGAUUGAGAAGGCGAUUGGGCUGGUAUCCGGCCCCCGGACCUUAGUUUGCCUACCCAUGUGCUAAGUACUACAUCACACUGACUCUCAUUUAAAAGCAUUUUAAAAAAUAGAAAAGGAGCAUUGAGGCAGGGGAGGAGAGGAGAGGGAGAGAGAAAGGAAGGGGGGAGAGAGAGAGAGAGAGAGAGAGAGAGAGAGAGAGAGAGAGAGAGACUGCCUUUAACCCUUUCACUACUGGCAGUUUUUAGCUGAAAUCAGCCCCAGCUGCUUUUCCCACAAGGGAGAAAAAGCAGCUUGGGGAGGUUGAUUUUCAGCAGAGAAAUUGCUGGAAGGGAACAGAUUGCAAAGCAGCCCCUUGGCCCACCAAUGGAUGUGUCCAUUCCAGAUUGCAGCGUUAGAGGCUGCGUUUUGUACCCACAACAAAACACCUCAGGGGAAAACUGCUAUACUGUACCUUGGCACCAUGUGUAGCUUGCCCUAUAGUGUGCCACCUAGAAGCAGUUUCUCAAGUAAAAACAGGAGAAGAAAAGAUAGGAAGGAGAGUUUCUUAAAAGAGCGAGGUGCCCCGCCUCAAGCCUGACUCAGGGAAUGAGAUGCUGGGCUUCCAGUUCUUGCAUGCAAGGGAGCUGGUUGCCAUUGCUCUCUGGCAGGGGGAGGUGCAGUGCUGAGAGGCACUCACUCAUUGCUGAGUCCUGGCACUGAAGAAGAAACAAAAGUGCCCCCUGGUCAGGUCUGCCAGCUGGCCUGUGUACAGCAGGAUGCUUAAUGCCUCUCUUUGCCCAUUGCACCUGUCCCCCAGUGGCCUCUUGACCUCAAGCAAACAAAGAAACAAGACUGAGACAUCCAGAAACCCUUGUCUUGUGCUGUCUCUUCUGAGACUGGGUUGGCAGGCUCCAUAGAGGACCCUAAACUGGGCCUUUAUUCAUGAUCUCAAAACAGGGUGGAUUUGAUUUAAAUCAAAUCGAUUUAAAUCACGAUUCAAAACACUAGUCAGUAAGACUUGAUUUAGUUUUUACAGUUAUAUCAAAAAUUAUUGAUUUGGUUAUACUAUUAGAAAUACAUAAGACAGAUAAUUAUGAAAUUAUUGUGAGGUUCAAUAAGUUAACUGUUUAUAUUUGGACAACUUUUCUGCUGUAUUUCAUUGGAAGGAAAAAUAAUCAUUAGUAACAAUUUAAACAAUUUAUUUAACUAAAACAAUAACAUUAUAGUACAUGUAUCCAUGUUUGUUAACUGAUGUGGUUCAACGGGUUUUUUGUUUUCGUUUUUUAAAAACACUUAAGACUGAGUUUUAGCACACAUAGAAAACUUAAAACAAAUCCUUAUUUGCUGAUGAAUAGCCUUUGGACUAUAGCAACAGCAACAAGAUGGAUAGAUAAAAACUUCAUUCGUAUUAGCCAAUAGCCAUAGCAACAAUAAAACAUUACAGUAUAUGCAGAAAGGGGAAUUUGAUAUAAGAGCACAAUUUAAAGUCCUGAAUCAGCUGUCAGUUAGUGGCCCUCAUUCUGAUUGCCCCUGCUAUGAACCUAGCAACCUUUGCUGUUAUCUGCUCAUUUUGAUCUGAUAGAAGAAAGGACAUUGUGGCAGUGACUGAGCGCCCUGAGAUGGUUAGUACCAGUGGGGUGAUGCUCUAGUUCCUCAGGUCUUUGUAGAGAGUGCAAGACAGGAAGACGUGUGCCACUGUUUUGGUGCUACCGUCUCCACAGGGGCAAAGACGUUUCUCAGGCGGGAUCUUUUGGAAUCAGCCCUCAAGUAUUGCAGAUGGCAAAACAUCCAGUCUUGCAAGUGUAAAAGCACGUCUGUAUUUUGGGAUAAUAAGUUUGUGUAGAUAAGGGGCCAGAGAAUCAAAACGGAAAGGUGGAAAAUGAACAUACCAAGGGCAGAAUUUCCUUAUAGUGGCCAGGUUGUUCUGAUGCUCGAUAUCUUUAAGACGUUGACCAAUUAGACUGUUUGCUUUAGUAGGGCCCAUAGCGAGUAGGUGUUGUGGGGAUAGCGCCUUUGGACUAUAAUGUAAGUUAAAUAGAAAACUAUCUUUAGAAAGAUUUUUUCCUCCAAAAGCAUUUUAUUUUAAGAAUCCGAUUUAAAUAAAGAAAAUCCGUUUUUUUAAUUAUUAUUUUUUAAAAAUCAUUGAUUUUUAUCCACCUUGUCUCAAAAUGAGAAUUUCAGCAGCUGUUGCUUCUUAACAUCAUCGGUAAUCUGGUGGAACAAUGCUUCCUGAACCACCCUGAAUUUAUAUAGGGUGGUAUAUAAAUUCAGUAAAUAAUAAUAAUAACAACAAAAACAGGGCUUGAUGUGACAGCUGGAAUCCUUUUCAAAUACAGUGGUGCCCCACAAGACAAAUGCCUCGCAAGACGAAAAACCCGCUAGACGAAAGGGUUUUCCAUUUUUCGAUGCGCUUCGCAAGACGAAUUUCCCUAUGGGCUUGCUUCGCUAGACGAAAAUGUCUUGCGAGUCUUGCGAUUUUUUUCGCUUUCCCCCCCUUUUUCUAAGCCACUAAGCCGCUAAUAGCCUUUUAGCCGCUAAGCCUCUAAGCCUUUAAUAGCCGCUAAAAACCGCUAAUAGCGCUAAUCCGCUAAGCCGCCAAUAGGGUUGCUUCGCAAGACGAAAAAACCGCUAGACGAAGAGACUCGCGGAACGGAUUAUUUUCGUCUUGCGAGGCACCACUGUAUUAAAGCAGCAAAUGGAAUAGUGAUAGCAGAGAUGCAUUUUAGCUCCUCCCCUUGCUGUUUUCCCAAUCAAAACCAUCCCCCCAGAGUUAUCUCUCAAGAUAAACUAACAGCAAGUUCUGAGUGGUUAGGAGGGAGGAUUUUGAUGUGGGAAAUGGGUCCAAUUUAGUCUGCUCCUCGCUCUGCACCCCAUUGAUUGCUUUUCAGCUUUGAAAAAGAAUCUAGGUGGUCUAGUUGCAGGUCUCUGAUAUACAGCUGCAAGAAUUACACCCUCUGCUUCUCUUUCCUUACACCUUCAGUGAGACUACAGAGCUUUCUCCCUGUGAUUUGGCACAAGGAGUGUGCCAAGAAGACCUGGAGUAGUUGUUAGAACCAGCAAAGGCCUCCAUCAAGCAAUUGGUGGGUCUUUUGAUCCUGGCUGAGCGGCCGAUAAAAGCCUUAAAAGCUGUCUAGAAGCACAUUUGCUCCUUUUAAUUAGCUAAGCCAUUUUCCAUUUAGUUCCUCAUCUGUUUUGUCAGCCUCGUGACAAGUGUGUGGGACGGCUCUUCUCCUGCCCUCCCAGGAGGAGGAAGCUGCCGCCUCCAGAUGGGUUGGAGAGUUUGGGAAUGUUGAAAGCAGCUGAAACUUCGACAUUUGCACAUGUGAAAUUUGCAUUCUGUUUGCAAGCAGCAAAAUAGAAAUUUGCAGUGUGUUCGUCUGAUACCUACCGGGUUUUCCUGAAAGUGUUUGAUUUUACACUUGUAUCAUUUGUGACUGGUUGAAGUUGCUCUCGUGGUGCACGUUUCUCCUAAGUACAAGGACUUAAAAAAAGAGAGAGAGCUUUAAUGUCACAGAGCUUGUGCCAUAUAGACAACAAGCUGCAUUGUCUGUAGCCACAGAAUCUUCAUGCAGUUUGGGGCCAAAAAGACACCCUGUGUGUCAGUGUUGGGCUGCUGCUGAUUCCCAACAAAGCAGGGCUGGAAAAGUGGGUAGAGCUUUGAGGCAGAGCAUUGGCAAGCAAGAAUGGAGGAGCUCAAUAUUUCCCCUGACUCAUACUUUCCCCAUGGAAACUGAUACUCGCCCCCAAGCUGUGUUUCUUUGGUGAGACACCAUUCCUGGAUGUAUCCCCUGCUAGGCUUAAAAGCAUUUGUGGAGUGGAGGAGGGACAUGGCUUCCCCCGCCAUGGGCCUUCUCGUUUGUCCCUCUCUGCUUUGUAGGGAUGCACCCUGGGUUCUGGGUUCUACCAUCACAUUUAGCUUGCCCCUCCAUCCUUCCUUGCCUCCAGCUACCAUGGCUGCUAAUGCCUCUUGAAGUGGUCCUUGACUUUCUCUUCUACUCACCUGUUGCCUUCGCUAUCCCUUUGUUGGGCGACUUGACCCACAUGGUGAGAACAUGCAGUGCCAAGAGGGGUGGCAAGGCAGGAUUCUGGGCCGAGUGUGGAUGCCCAUUUUGUGGAUUUCCAGAAGGAUUGUAACUCAGACAGAUAAAAUAAUCUUGGCAUACAAGACCCUAGAGUCAAACACUGCAUUCUCUAGCCUUGUUGAAGUUCCCAUUGGAGCAGGGUAGAGAGGACCAAGGGAGACGGAACUAUCCAAGUGGACUCCGGUGGAAGGGCCUAAGCCAGGCUUCCUCAACUUUGGCCCUCCAGAUGUUUUGAGACUACAAUUCCCAUCAUCCCUGACCACUGGUCCUGCUAGCUAGGGAUCAUGGGAGUUGUAGGCCAAAAACAUCUGGAGGGCCAAGGUUGAGGAAGCCUGGCUUAAGCAGAGAUUUUGGGGAGCAGAGGCAGAUUUAGGCGAGUGCAGCUGGUUCGCCCAGACUGGGCGCAAAGCCAAGAGGGUGCUGCAGGGGGCGCCGCAACAAUGAUGUAGAACAGAAGCUGAAAGGCAGGGUGUGCGUGUUGAAUUUUGGUGAAGGACAGCUAGGGCUAACCCGGUGCAGCUGGUUUAAAAGGAGUUACCAUGCAGCAGCAACAGGAUGUCCAAACCCAGAGAGGCAGAUGUGGCCCAUCAGAUAUCCUGGCUCAGGGAAGUGAGGAAGGAAGUAGCGCCUAGUCUUCCAUGGUACCAACCUUUGGUUUCCUCAGAUGCUCUCUUCAUAGGUUCCUCCCUUGAGUUUGCUAAUUCCUGGCAUUGUUGCUUCACUUCCGGUAUUUUUUUCUUACUAGUGGACGCCAGUGGUGUGUGUGAGUCAUGGGCUGGCUCAUAGCUGCAUGGUCAGAUGCAGGGGGUUCUUCUGCGGCAGCUGUCUUUCCUCACACUAUUCUACCAUUGAUGGCUGUGGACACACUUGGUUUCCAAGAGCCAUUGGCCAUUCCCUGGGUUUGAUGGGAGUUGGAGUCCAGUGACUUAUGGAGGGCCACAUCUGUGCCCUAUCCGCUUUCUGGCUUUGCUUAUCCUAUCUGCUGCCCAGUCCUGCAAAUCAUGCCUUAAGACAAGAACAUUAUACGUCUCUGACAGUUUAAGACAGGGAUUCCCAACCUUCUUUUUUAAAAAAUAAAUAAAUCUGGUGCUGCAUGUAGAACUCUAAUAAACUUGUGGGCAUCAGAAAUACCUAUGUUGCAGAAGAAAAGUGGGUGAUGCUCAGACAAAACAAACAGACACAGACUGAAAGAAGACUCCAACAGCCCCCCCACAACUGAACAACAGGUAAAAAGGUAAAGGACCCCUGGAUGGUUAAGUCCAGUCAAAGGUGACUAGGGGGUUGUGGAGCUCAUCUCGCUUUCAGGCUGAGGGAGCCGGCGUUUGUCCACAGACAGCUUUCCGGGUCAUGUGGCCAGCAUGACUAAACCACUUCUGGUGCGGUGGGACACCGUGACAAGUGCCAGAGCACACAGAAGCAGUGUUUACCUUCCUGCCGCAAUGGUACCAAUUUAUCUACUUGCACUGGUGUGCUUUUGAACUGCUAGGCUGGCAGGAGUUGGGACAGAGCAAUGGGAGCUCACUCUGUUGCACGGAUUUGAACCAGCAACCUUCCGCUUAGCAAGCCCAAGAGGCUCAGUGGUUCAGACCACAGUGCCACCCACUCCCCCACAACAACAACCCCCACAAGUUCUAAAACCUCAUUUUUAAAGAAUAACAACAUUGGGAUGAGAGUGGAUUAUUGGGGGUUUCAGCGAGGUGUUUGAAUUUCCCAUGGUAUCCAUCGCUGUCUCAAUGGGGACUCUUGGUUUAAGAACUUCUUGUGCCAAUAUCUCAGAAUGGCUUGAUAAGGGUUUGUAUCUUAAGUGUGUAAAGCCAGCAAGGAACAGUGGUUCUAAAAACAAAUUAUGCCCUGUAGGUAAUUAAGUCAGGCCUCAUCUAAGCACUUAAAAAGAUCCCUGUUAUAUCAGGUCAAAGGCCUAAGACAAGUGGUGCAGCAUCCUGCUCUUACAGAAAUGCGAGCAGGACCUGAGCACACCCUCCUUAUUUCUAGAAACUGCUAUUUAGGGAUACACUGCCACCUUCUGCAUGAGCAUAGUUAACAGCAAAUGAUUGUGCUUGUUUGAUGCUGUGCAUGGGACUAAGCAAAAGAGUUGGCCAAGAAGGAGAGCCACUAGGAGUCAGUUUAGUCCUGCAGCUAGAUCAGUUACAGAAAUGGCUUAACUGUAGGUGAGUGUCCCUGGGUAAUCCACUGCCUCUUGGCCAAAUUAUCCAAUUUGUACAGUAGGACUGACAGGUAAAGGUAAAAUUAUUACAUGUUCUGCAUUGUUGAUGUCCGAGCAAUCUACACAAAUGACACCUAACAAGUAGCGUUUUACAAACAAUAAAAGAUGCAUGAAUCUGUUUACUUCAUGGGUGUUGCUAUGAGCCCCAACACAAGUCAGUUGACUUCCUGGGUAGUCUAGGGUGGGGGAGAUGGGCAACCAACUGUUCUUCCUAAAAAUAGAUAGUGGGGUUGGGACUCUUGUUGUUGUGGCUCUUUGAGGAAGUGCUUCUGCCACACCUGCUCCAGUAAAGGAGAUGUCAGCAGGAGUGUAGAGACCCAAACAUGUGUGUUCUCAUUCCCAAAAGAUAGGCAGAGGAUAUCAACUAAAGCCCUGGCUUGCUCUUGGGCCUUUAACAGCAAAAAUCAACAGAAGCAGCUAUUCACAGCGUGAAUAUAAGCAUUAGCAGGAGACAAUGUCUGCAGUUCAAGCUGUUGUUAAUACACAUAGCUUGAUAUAAAGUAGGGCUGUUAUUCCAGGUUUGGCUGAGUUCUAUUGUUGUUUUAUUUUUGUGCUGGUUUCACAGGGCUCAUCCACAUUUCUGUUUGGUCUGUGACUUCUUGUUCCAUCACUUUCCCUGGGAAAACCCACUGCUGAUUGCUGGAAAUGUCAAUUGGGUUUUCUGCAGAUUGACGGUUGAUGGGUCAAGACUGAUGGGACAAGAGAAAACCCUCUUGGACCCAUGACUAGAAAGCGCAGGGCAAACGGAAGUGCGGAUGAACCCAUAAGCUUGCAAAGUAGAUAGCAUGAUAUUUUAUACUGGGAGAUGGAUAUUGCAAAUGGUUUUUAUUUGUAUCUUGAUUUGUAUUUUAUACAUGUCUUGAGUUGCUUUGUGGGGCCAAAAAGGCAGUUUUGAAUCUGUAAAUCCUUUAAAAUAUUCAGAAGAUGUGAACUGUAGCCCACAAAAUUCAUAUGGGGAAGCGUUAUAGCUUAGCGCUUGGCCUGAUGGCUCUCUGAGGGGAAAGGCUGUGGCUCAGUGGUAGAGCUUAUUCUCUGCAUGUCAGAGUUCAGUCCUUGGUGUCUUGGGUUGGGACACGAAAAUUUUUUGCCUGAAACCCUGGAGAGCCUCUGUCAGUCUGUAUUGAUAAUAAGGAGCAAUCUAGUGCCCUCCAAAUGUUUUGGGCUACAGUUCCUAUUGGCUUGCAGCCAGUAGGACCAAAUGUCAGGGAUAGGUAAAGGUAAAGGGACCCCUGACCAUUAGGUCCAGUUGUGACCGACUCUGGGGUUGCGGCGCUCAUCUCGCUUUAUUGGCUGAGGGAGCCAGUGUACAGCUUCCAGGUCAUUUGGCCAGCAUGACUAAGCUGCUUCUGGCGAACCAGAGCAGCGCACGGAAACGCCGUUUACCUUCCCGCCGGAGCGGUACCUAUUUAUCUACUUGCACUUUGAUGUGCUUUUGAACUGCUAGGUUGGCAGGAGCAGGGACCGAGCAGCGGAAGCUCACCCCAUCGCGGGGAUUCGAACCACCGACCUUCUGAUUGGCAAGUCCUAGGCUCUGUGGUUUAACCCACAGCACCACCAGAUUAAGAACGGUCAGAAAAAGACUGGGAAAAUGUAUCCAAAGGCUCAUCUGUAAGUGGCUAUGAAACAAGAUGAAUGGAAACUGGGAGCUGUUCCCAGCAAUGUUUACUUUGGGCUAAUGGGUGCUUCCUAUGAAGCUGAGCCCUCUGGGUCCUCUGACAAUAGAACUUUUUCAUAGCAGAAUAACUUCCUUUUUCAGUGGCUGAAAAUUGUGCUGCAGAUUGACCUGUCCUGACUCUUCUUUCCUGCACUUGCUAUUUGCAUUAAGAAGAAGGAGGCACAUUGCAGCUGCAGUUGGUUGUUCAAACUAAAUGGAGAAACCCUUCUUUUUAAGGACUGGGUGAAGUUGCCUAGUUUUGGUGGGUACCGCAAGGUUCACCUGGCUGUCCUCUCUUAAGAUUCCUCCCUGCCCCCUUUGGUUAGAGAGCAGGGCUUUACUCAUGUUCUGGACACAAAGUAGAAGCUCUUUCUGCAGUGAAAGACUUCUGUGCCUUAGAAUCCUCUCCCCCAAGUGGAUCUGCAAAGUCACUUCCUUGCUUGUGUUUAAUGUCAUGGGAAAGUCUUUGGUUUACUGUAGCUUUUCCUUUUUAUUGGAAACUCAGAAUCUAAUAAGUUCCUGCUGCUGUUUUGUAUUAAUAGAAUCCUUCAACAUUGGUAGUUUUAGCUGUUUUAAUGGUAUUACUGUUUAUGUUAGUCUCUUUCUGUGCUUCAUUUUACAUAAAAGUGACUUUUAUUUAUUUGUUUACUUACGUACUUGCAGCAUUUAUACCCUGCCCUUUAGCCAGAAAGGUGUGGAUUAGGGGGGAAAGCAGUCAAAUAAGACAAUCCCUGCCCUCAGGCUCACAAUCCAGAAAGACAUGACAGGUGAGGAGAAAGGAAUAGGAGGGAGGAAGCAAGCCCAAGCGACAGUUCUUAAAGUUACAGACAAGGUUCAGGUUGCCUAGCCCUUGAUCAAGAGCAGCCCCUCCUCAAAGCACUCCCCCAGCCCCAAAAUCAGGAAUCAGAAGCAGAGCUGUUGACAGAAUUUGGGCCAGGAGGGCUGGGCAUUUCCUGCCAUACAGUUCUACCCCCAGAGAGAUACAUAUGUUUCAUAAAUAAAUGAUCAGCUAACACAUUCCCAGCAUGGUAGCAUAUGCCAUCCCAUCAUUGCAGCCGACUGUGGGUUGCUUUGAUUGCUGCCCCAGGCACCAAGGCCUCCUAAGAUGGAUGUUUCCUUGCUGUUUUCAUACCUGAGACACAGGUUAUCUAAAAUUAGAUAACACGCUUCACCCUCGCCUUCAGAAACAUGCAGAUAUACUUUCUCAGUCUGUUUCUAGAAUAAUGGGCUGGCAGUCCCCUUGCAACUAUGAGACAGCCCAGGGCUGACAUCCCACCUCCCCUUUGCCCAGCCAAACAGGUUUCAGAUAUAAGAUUGUGCCUUCUAAGCAGUGGUGAUGCAAACUGUGAUAAGUACUGUGGGAGGCAGUGGAAGACAGGAGUGCCUGGCAUGCUGUGGUCCAUGGGGUCAUGUAAAGUCAGACACUACUAAACAACAACAACAAAAUGUAGAGAGGAAGGGGAUUCAGAUUCCCUUCCUCCACUAGAGGAGAAACUUCUAGCCCACACCCCGUGUGCUUGUUAGCUGUAGUGUAGGUUGCAUCAGGAACUUCCAAGGCAUUCUUAACACCUCCACCACCCCGCUGCUGCCAUUGUCCAUGCAAUAAGAGAGAGGGGUGGGCUCAAACUAUCCCAAGAGGCAUGGGAUGGGUGGCCACUUCAUUUUUAUCCCCAAAGCUCACAUCAACCCCUCGUGUAGUGCAUGGCUGUUGCCUUUACAUACAGUUUGAGGAUAACACCUAUUAACGGUGGUGUGGAGACCUGGAGGCCUUAUGGGAUGUGGGUGGUGCUGUGGUCUAAACCACCGAGCCUCUUGGGCUUGCCAAUGAUUGGCGGUUUGCUCUGUCCCAGCUCCUGCCAACAAACACCGGCUCCCUCGGCCUGAAAGAGAGAUGAGCACUGCACCCCACAGUCACUUUUGACUGAACUUAACCAUCCAGGGGUCCUUUACCUUUACCUUUUUUUAGAGACCUUGAGUGUAACUGAUCUGUAGAAUAUGCAACCUGAAGAAAGAGACAAUGAUGUGCUUUAGUUAACGAGGAACACACACACACACACACACACACACACACACACAAACGGCUACAGUUCUGGAAGUGCCUGGGGCAACUUUCACUUCUACCAGAAACUCAGUGGAUGGCUUGAAGCAAGCUGUUAUCUCCCAGCUGCCAGUCCCCACUAUCUGCAAAACAAGGAUAGCAAUGCUGGCCUUUACACACAGUGUGGUUGUAAGGGUUACACAAAACAUGUGAGAAGCGUUUACCAGGCUCAGAAGUUGCAUACAUAACAAAUGUGGAAGAGUAUUAUUAGGUGCAGGGCUGGAAUGUGUUUCAGAUUCCUGGGUGAUGUUCUUAGGUGUCAGUGCAAAUUUCUAAGUGUCUCAGCAUGCUGAGUCCAUUGGAUUUUCCCAGUCCUAAUUGUUGGUUUGGGUUAAUUUCAUGAAAAGGCAUCCUAGCACUGUUCAUCUGGUAUGUUUAUGGUAGUUUUACAACUUAAGCCAAUGACAUCUCCAACUCCAGUAAGGUAAAGGUAUAGGGACCCCUGACCAUUAGGUCCAGUCGUGACCGACUCUGGGGUUGCGGCGCUCAUCUCGCUUUAUUGGCCAAGGGAGCCAUUGUACAGCUUCCGGGUCAUGUGGCCAGCAGGACUAAGCCGCUUCUGGCGAACCAGAGCAGCACAUGGAAAUGUCGUUUACCUUCCCGCCGGAGCGGUACCUGUUUAUCUACUUGCACUUUGAUGUGCUUUCGAACUGCUAGGUUGGCAGGAGCAGUGACCGAGCAAUGGGAGCUCACCCCGUAGUGCUUGACAAUUUAAGGAGCAGCAAAUCCUGGAAACUGCCCUAAGAACAUAUGAAGAGCUUUGCUGGAUCAAGCCAGCGGCCCAUCUCCUCUAGCAAUCACAGUGGCCAUUCCAGGAGAAGCCCACAAGCGGGAUCCAAGCACUACAGUGGUUUCUAGCAAGUGGUAUACACAGUGUGGAUGAAAAAGAGAGUGGCUGGAAACACAGACCUGCCCACUGCUGGCAGCCCACAUUGGGCUUGUUCCUUCAUCUUGCUGCAUGUCUCCAACCCAUGGGCUGCAGCCCACACAUAAAUGUACAGCAGCGUUUCUCAAACUUGGCCCUCCAGCUGUUGUCAGACUACAACUCCCAUCAUCCCUACUGGUCCUGCUAGCUAGGGAUGAUGGGAGUUGUAGUCCAGCAACAGCAGGAGGCACAAGUUUGAGAAAUAAUACACUGAUGUACACACACCCUUAGGGGACGCGGGUGGCGCUGUGGUCUAAACCACUGAGCCUCUUGGGCUUGUGGAUCAGAAGGUUGGCAGUUCGAAUCUCUGCGACAGGGUGAGCGCCCGUUGCUCAGUGCCAGCUCCUGCCAACCUAGAAGUUCGAAAGCACGCCAAACAGUGCAAGUAGAUAAAUAGGUACCUCUCCGGCGGGAAGGUAAAUGGCAUUUCCGUGCGCUGCUCUGGUUUCCAGAAGCGGCUUAGUCAUGCUGGCCACAUGACCCAGAAAAACGCGGCUCCCUCCUGUAAAGCGAGAUGAGCGACUCGACUUAACUGUCAGGGGUCCUUUACCUUUUUACACAAACCCUUACACACAUUGCAACUGUGAUGAACUCAAGGCGCCUGCUUAGUGCCAUACUAGUGCAUCCUGGCCCCCUGGUUAGGUAGAAGCUGUAGGUGUGUGAGUGGUGGCUGUGGGAACCAGGCCUGGGGCAAAGUAUGUGAGUGAGUGAGUGUAGCUUGGAAGUGGAAAGAGAGAGGCAGAAGGGAAGAUCAGGUGCCCAACAGAGGGAGCCUUGCAUUCUUUAGACUGCUAGCCUGACAUAAUAUUUGUUCCAGAUUGCUCAAGGCAAUUACUUGGUUGAGAAAGUUUACCUACUCGAAGGUCACACAGUGAGCUUGGUUGCUGGAAAAAUAUUUAAGCCCAGUGCCGCCGCCCCCACAACCCACCUUGUCGGGAUUGGCUUUCUUUUUCUUGUCUUGAACUUAAGGCGUUCUUUCUGAGCAGCUCAGUGAACAGGGAGCAACCCUGUUGGUUAUGGAGAAGCGAGUCGCACGUGCAACGCCUCCCUUGUGCAAAAAGGCUUGGGGCGGGGCGUCUUUGAUCCGGAGAGGGUCUCCCGGAGGCAGCUUUCCUCCGGUCCGCUGCUUCUGCUGCUUUUUUGUAACAGUUCCUGGAUUGGGGUGGGUGGAAAGGCGCCUCCGAAUACUUUAUUUGCAAAUAAAGAAGCCUCGGCCGAGCCGGCUCUUUGCAAGGCAAGGGCGUGCCUCCUUUUUUUUUUCUUUUUUGCUUUCCUCCAAAUGUAUUUUACAGGUUUGGCCAGUUCGGCCCCCUAGGCGCCUCAUUGGGCGGUUGAUCAGCAGCUGACUGGGGAAGGAGGGAGGAGAGAGAGAGAGAGAGAGAGUGUGAGAAGGAGAGAAAGAAGGAAAGCAAGCCAGCGAGCAGGAGGGAACUCGGCUGGGAUGGCGAGGGAAGAGGAGAGUUACUAUGGCAAGCAUGGUAAGGCCGCCGAGCUGCCACCCCUGAGCCCUGCGAGGAGGAAGGGAGUGCGGGCAGCAGGUGGCCACGCGCAGCCCCGCUAAGGGGGCUUCGGCGUCCACCAUCGGGAAGCUGCAAACCCUCGAGGCGGGGCUGGGCCUUGGGGCGCAAGGCAGCUCGGCCUUGGCGGCGUCUCCCCGAGGUGCCCCAAAGCGCGAGCUGCGCCAGAUGCUGUUUGUGCAACCCGGGUUGGAGCGCGCACCGCCGUCCCUCCCGUCUAAGACCGGCCACCCAGCAAGUCCAAAUUCUGGGCAGAAAGAGGCAGCUGGCGCCAAACGCGUCGGUUCAAUCAAUGGGGCAGGGGGAGGGGGAACUAGUUCAGCUACCGAAUAAAUAAUAAUAAUUCCAGUGGGUGCGGGGAGGGCGCGAAGAAGGGAAGAGCCCCUUCCUCUCCUCUCGGGCUAGGGACGCCCCCAAUGCGCCUCCGGGCAAUUUUAAGUCCUUGCUGGUGCAGUUUCUUUCUGCGCCUCUGGAGUGGAGGUUAGGAAACGGGCUUACUAAAAAUACUACUCCCGCUGAUCCACGCGUCCUCCCGGCCGUGGGUGCGCGCCUCUUACGGCGGGGCGCACCACCGGGCGCUCAGUUCCGCGUAACCUUAAACCGGAUUGCUAUCCCCAGCGGGGCUGCGAAGCUGCUCUGGAACGCAGGCGCCUUCUGGGAGUCCGGGGGGAGCGCAGUAGCCGGGGAGGAAUGUCGGCGAGCCGCCGCCUCCCCUGCCGAAAACGCGCGCCCGGUCUAAGCAGAGAAACUUGCGAGUUCCGGAAAGAAUGCUUCCAAAACUACGCGCCGCUGUUCUCUCUUUGCGCACUCCCAGCAGAAGGGAUGUGUAGGGGGCAGCCAGGGGUUAGCUAUGGGGAAGGGAACCAGGAUGUCCCUGCAAGGCUAAAGAACUACAAACUGUUGGCCGUGUACUGUAUGUAUACAUAUGUGUGUGUGUGUGUGUGUGUGUGUAUAUAUAUAUAUAUAUACACACACACACACACACACGUAGCCGUGUUGGUCUGCCUUAGUCGAAACAAAAUAAAAAAAAUUCCUUCCAGUAGCACCUUAGAGACCAACUAAAUUUGUUACUGGUAUGAGCUUUCGUAUCUUAAGAAGUGUGCAUGUACACAAAAGCUCAUACCAAUAACAAACUUAGUUGGUCUCUAAGGUACUACUGGAAGGAUUUUUUUUAUUUUAUAUAAUAAUAAUAAUAUAAUAAUAAUAAUAAUUUAUUAUUUAUACCCCGCCCAUUUGGCUGAGUUUCCCCAGCCACUCUGGGCGGCUUCCAAUCAAGUGUUAAAAACAAUACAACAUUAAAUAUUAAAAACUUCCCUAAACAGGGCUGCCUUCAGAUGUCUUUUAAAGAGAAGAUAGCUGCUUAUUUCCUUCAUAUCUGAAGGGAGGGCGUUCCACAGGGCAGGCGACACUACUGAGAAGGCCCUCUGUCUGGUUCCCUGUAACCUCACUUCUCGCAAUGAGGGAACUGCCAGAAGGCCCUUGGCGCUGGAUCUCAAUGUCUGGGCUGAACGAUGGGGGUGGAGAUGCUCCUUCAGGUAUACAGGACCGAGGCCGUUUAGGGCUUUAAAGGUCAGCACCAACACUUUGAAUUGUGCUCGGAAACGUACUGGGAGCCAAUGCAGAUCUCUCAGAACUGGUGUUACGUGGUCCCGGCGGCCACUCCCAGUCACCAGUCUAGCUGCCGCAUUCUGGAUUAAUUGCAGUUUCCGGGUCACCUUCAAAGGUAGCCCCACGUAGAGCGCGUUGCAGUAGUCCAAGCGGAAGAUAACUAGAGCAUGCACCACUCUGGCGAGACACAAUAUGUAUAUAUACACAAACCCACACAGUCACCAGCCCCUUUGCUUAUCCCAACUCCCUCCUCUGGCUGAUGUACUCCUGGCUAAUAAUAAUAAUAAUAAUAAUAAUGUAAUAAUAAUACUGGAGUGGGGAGGGAAUUCAGCACUUAAACGGCAACCAUUUUUCCAUAGGCACCUGGAACAAAGUAUCCUGAUAGUAGCAAUAAAGUCUCCCCCUUCACAUGUUCUCUGGGAAUUGCCCAUGGAGAAACAGUGACAGUGUUGUUUGUUUGUUUGUUUGUUGUUUACUUUUAUAUAUAACACCUUUUCUCCCAAGGAGGUAAUUGGGACUGCAGCAAUCAAUUCAUUGGCCAGAUUAAUUAAUUGGAACAUUUAAAACAACUUUAAAAAGUGCCCCAGAUGAACUGAGCAGCAGGUUUAAAUAUAUGUCCAUGCUUAUAAAAUUGACAGGUGACUUUUGCGUAUCUUGAAAGAGGCAGAUUCUGCCUUUUCUCACACCCAGGAGAAAUCUCUUUUCUGAUACCUCUGUGGCAAAUGCAUGCCUCAUCUGAAAACAAAGUGUUCUGCAUCAGAAAUAUUGAAGGGCGUUUCCUCCCUAACACUGAACCAUUUUCUUGAGCAUUUGUCCCCCAAGAUAAAGCACAGUCUUUAAGCCUGGCUGAUGGUGUUAGAUGUCCAUCAGAAUAAUCUCCUGCUCACCCCAAAUGUCUAAUAGAAUAUUUUGUACUCUCUUCUCCACAACAUAGCCGAGGACGUUGUGCUUUAUCUUAGCCUUAUCUUACCACCAAACCCUUAGUAUAAAGUUAUUUUCCAUGGGAUUACUUCCAUACUAGCCCUUGUGCUGAAUUCAUUUGUUCAUCCAGACUACAUUGUUGCAAGUGAAUUUAAUUCAUUUUAGCUGUUGGUUUUAAUUAUAUUUUGAUUUCUUAAAAAAAAACAACCAUUUUUAACUUUGCCUUAAUUUUUGUCAACCGUUUUUCUGCUUGUGAGUAGGCGGAAAGUAAUUUUGUUAAAUAAAUAAAAUAAUAAAAUAAAAUAAAUAUUGGCUACCUGGGGAGACUUCAAGUACCGACCGGUAAGUCUUCCAGGACUUCUUUUACCACAUUAUGGCUACUAUGUGGGGGCAAAGAUGCUGAAGUGGAAGCGACUUUUUCUUCUGGACAUACUUCGGAACUCAAGUCUAUUUGAUUACCCUUGGCAAUCAUCCCACCAGAAGUUAAAUGAGCAGAUCACUCAUCAGUCUCCAACCCGCCUUUCCUAACAGGGAAAAUUGGAUAUCUUCCAGUCUUCCCUUCACUGGCUGAGAGUGGUGCCAGUCCAUAAUUCCUUUGUGGCUCAUGCUAAGAUCAGCCCCAGGCUAAUUUUGUGCCACACUUGUAUUCUGUAUGAAACCUUGAAUCGGGGUGGAAGGAAUGACUAGUGGCUGUAGUUCUCAGGGAUGUGCCCAACUUCCUUUCUGCAAAGUCCCCCAAACUCCCCUGAAAUAGAACGGCCGUUUUGAAAUGCAAAGCUGAAGUGGAAAACUGUGUGUCCCUUUCUGCCUCUCCCUGAAACCUGUGUUUUCUUGGAGACCUGUGGAAAUGGAGUUUUCCACCCAGGACAGGAGGAGGUGUAUAUGCAAAGCCACAUAUAAUGGGAACCGAACCAAGAAUUUCCUCCAGCAUGGAGAGGAUGCAUUUGCUGGAACUGCAUUGGCAGUGAAUACUCUGGCAGAAUGAAACAAGAGAGUUGUUGAAAGAAAUCAAUAGAACAGUUGAAUAUCUGACCUUACCUCUAGCCCUGGUGUCUCCAGUCAUUUUCCUGGGAUGCUCGUAUUGUAUUUUGCCCAAUAUUACAUAUAAGGAAGCCAUUCUAAGCAAAGGGCAGCGUUCACAGUUGCCCAGCUAAAGUGGCGAGUUAAGGCUGCUUCAGGAAAUGAUAUCAGUUGUCCAUAGGGGUUGCUUUUAAUUGAAAUUUGAGGAAUAUCCAAACCCAAUCCCCACUUGAAAAGAAUCAUAAGGAUGUGUGUUGUGAAAAACCAUACUGCAUUUUAUUUGCAUUCUAAAGUAAUACCUGAUUUAAGAAUCUUGAACAAUGAACUUCAGCUUACUCAGAAUUUCCCCCUUUUGAGUCAGGGUGGGUGGGGGACAUGAUGCCAUUUUAGAGGGUGUAAAAUUAGGCUGGCAAGACUCCCAUCUCUAUUUGCAGCAGGGCCUUUGCAAAGGGGAGGCAAUAGUAGUGAUGACAGAGGAGGCCUGUACCUACUGAAAGUGCAACUGGGAGUAAAAAAAGAUGUUGCCUUUACCACCAGCCUGUCUGUUUCUCCUGGAACCUCAGGGCUGUCGUGCAGAUGCACUUUAUAGCAGAGAAUAAUAUCUGAGGUUUUGCAAUGAUUCCAGGGCUUUUCGGCCGGGGAGUCUAUGCUGGUAUAGAGAAAAGUAUUUUGCUUCAUUGGUUGGUGUCUAACCAGAGAAAUCUUAUUUGGUGAAUGGGAGGCAUUGCAGCCUGUGGAUGAAAGGAGUGACUGUUUGCUGGGCUGGGAAAGUUCAGUUGGGGUGAAGGAGGUGGGGAUCACUCCAGUUUCUAAAUUGAGAGGUGCUCCAGUCUGCACCAGAAGGCAUACCUAGAAGAUGAGCUUGCCAUUAACCCAUGAUGUGUGAAGGCUUGUGGUUUUGGCUUUCCAGUGUGGAAGAGGAACUCUGCACAUGAGGAGAGGCCUUCUCUUCCUUACCAUUACUUCAUUUAUCACUUGCCCCCAAACCCAUACGAUAGGGUAGGUUAUACAUUUAAAUAAAUGAAUAAAAAUGUGUUCUGGAGGAUAGCUAUCGAAGACCAUUUCCUGGCUAAACACAGAUUAAGGUGUAGUUCUGAUGAGAAUCCCUCGUUGAGAGAUAUUUGUGUGUGUUUCUCUCUCUGAAAAUUUCCAGUAACAGCCUGGAACCACCAGCAGAGAACCUGUUCUGCAGCUAUUCCUGGGAUUAUUCACUUGCUUAGCUUUGAAACACAGACUCCCUGCUUCACCUACUCCUUUGUCUAUCUGUGUAGGAGCGUAUCCUAAGUGGCUUACUCUUCUCCAAAUUUGCAAAGAAUUUUGCUGCUUCUGUGUAGGAGGAGAUUCCCCCAUUUCCCUUCCUGCUUCUGGUGCGCAGUGACAGGGCAUCCCCAUAGCUAUUGCUUUGCUUUUGGCUGGGAUGAUUCCUCUCCCUCUUUUUACCCUCCCUGUCGGUUAACCAAGAGGGAGGGAGAGGAGCUUAUAGGGUGACUCAGUGCAAUAGACUAGCUGGGCGCAGGGUGUAUGCCUUAGACUUUCAGGCUGUUUGGGACUGGACUAUAGCAACUGCUGAGGGUCCCGAGGCAACGGAGGGGAGAGAAAUGAGAGAGCUCAGACCAGGGGUCAGCAAACUUUUUCAGUAGGGGGCCAGUCCACUCUCCCUCAGACCUUGUGGGGGGCCAGACUAUAUUGGGGGGGGGAAUGAACAAAUUCCCAUGCCCCACAAAUAACCUAGAGAUGCAUAUUAAAUAAAAGGACACAUUCUACUCAUGUAAAAGCACACUGAUUCCCAGACUGUCCACGGGCCGGAUUUAGAAGGUGAUUGGGCCGGAUCCGGCCCCCGGGCCUUAGUUUGCCUAAUUAUGGCUUAGACUGACAAAUCGAAUUGCAUGGACAUGGGCUGGGGUUUGUAUGGAAAGGCUCUUAUUUAUUAUUGAUUUAUUUCAUAAAAGGCAUUACGCCACCUGAUUGUGAAAAACCUCAAAGCGGUUUACAAAAAGAUAAAACAAUGAAAUCAAGGGGAGAAAUAUACAACGGUGUUUUUGGACAAAGUGUGAGCUCUGAAGGUGGUGGAUGAGCAAACUUCACAGAUGAGAGACUGGGGCUAAGUUGUUCCUGGAGGCAAGGGACAGCAGAUGGAAGAAGUUUAGCCCAUCAGUGAGUCUGUGGAAAUUUGUGGUUGGUGGACUGUGUACAAAUUUUUAUUCUACAGAAGGAGGAAUGUUGGCAGCAGCUUUUUUCACCUCUGAUGUACUAAGGUACUAUGAUCUCCACCUGCCACAAUUUCCAUGUCUUACUACAGAAAUAUUCCAGGUUCAGAAGCCCUGCCUUCCUUACUGUCUGGUAUCUGUCCUAGAAUAAUGCAGAAGACUUGACUUCUCUUAUCCAGGUCUUUUGUUCCUUUAAAGUUGCACAGCUGUUAAAAGGUUGAGGUGCCAGGAGAGGAAGUGGUGGUCCAGCUCACUGAAAAGAUGGUUAUCACAUUUGCAAAACCUCAGUGCUGUCCAGGUUCCUGAAAUAAUGAUGUAAUACCCCUCUUCCUCUCACACACUGCUUAGAAGGCAGGGUCCUGUUCAUUUUAGUGGGGCUUCCACCUCAGAACAUCCCAGAAGAUGGAUGUACUUAAAAUAAAUAUAUUUCACAAUUAUCCUGUUCCUGCUUUCUGUAAUUGCUUAACUUAAUACAUAUAUUCUUUCUCUUUCCCCCCCCUAGGGACACCCCAAAAAUAUGACCCAACUUUCAAAGGCCCCAUAUAUGACAGGUAAGAGCAACCUGUUGGUGAAGGUGUGUGAUGGUGUUUUGCAAAGCGUGUGUGGAAGGGAACACUGCCAGGGGACACUGUCUCUUGUUCUGAAUUGCCGUCACCCCCACCCGCAUUUUGGAAAGUAAGAGCGGCAUGCUGCUGUAUAUGCAAUUCCUGCAACCCUAAGACUCAAAAUACCAAAAUGAAAUGAUUCUGUGCAUAGCUGCUGCAUGGGAUCUGGCAAGCUUUUGUGUCUUGGUGUGUGGAGGUGGCAAAGGGAGGCCAUUCUACCUGUGUACUUCAUGGGAGUCAGGAUGUUCAUGGGAGUCAGGAUGUUCGCAAAGAGACUGGGUGGUUUUCUUGCCUGGACCACUCGGCUUCCAUGGAGUCUCUAAGCUGGGGCUCUUCUUCUCUACGCUCCUCUGCCUUCUGUCAAAGCUUAUUUAUUACCUCUUCAUUGUUGCACAAAUAUAUUUUCUUUUCUUUUUUAUUGCCUGAUGUAGAAUACAAUAUUUAUAGCAUAUAUAAUUGCCGUGUUGACAUAGGCUGCCACAUGGCACACACUGUAAGAGAUUCAAACAUUUUGGGGUGGUAUUGAACUAAGUUUUACUCAUAGUAAACCCACUGAAAUUAGGGAACGUGACUAAGUUAGGUCCAUUAAUUUCAAUAGGUCUAUCUUGAGUAAAACACCCGUUGAAUUAAUGUUUUGCCGAAAUGUCAAAUGGUGUUUAUAAAUUAAUCAAAUAUUUACCUUUUACCUUUACUUUCAUGGACCUACAUGUGAUACGCCACCUUAAGUUGCUCAGUUUAUAAUCAUUAUUGCCUCAUGUUGAUGGAUGUUGUUUUAAAAAUGAGAGAUUUCUGUUCUGCCUGGGAAUAUGAUGGAGGAGCCUUUCAUCAGUUAUGGAAUCGAAGUGCUAGAAUGAUCAAAGGUCAAGAGGCAGGACCAUCUGCCCUCCGACCUCCGACCUCAGAUCAAGCCAUACAAGCACAAUCCAGACCACAGCAGCCUUGUCAGGAGAGAGUCACAGGUGACUUGAGCAAAGGCUUCAAACACACAUUUUCAUCCAGAGGCAAAGAAAUGCCCGAGUGGUGGAACGGAAACACAGCUUUGUGUCAUAAUAUACUAGCCCUUCUCUCUUGUGGCAGAACUGCUCUGAUGGAAACUAAGGGAUUGCAAGAUAUCCUUCAAAAGUAGACUCUGACUUAAACCCAGUGAAGCUGUUUGUUCGCCUAUCUAGAUUUACUUUGUUUGCUUUUUCUGUGUUGGUUUCUUUUGACUUAAAGGACUAGGAGGACUGAGUUUUUACACACACGCACACACACACCCUGCUUUAAGAACCCAUAGCAGAAACUAGCAGCAAAAAGCGUAUACAGAUAUCGCUAAAAACAGGAGCAUGCACCUUUCUCUCCCCCACAAGGUGAGCUUCUCUUCCUGCCUUUGUACUGCAGUUGAAAGGCACUACUUGUUUCCACUUCAGAUAUGAAGUUACUUCAUUUUGCCCCUCCCCCAUGCUUCAGGUGUGCUUUCUAAAACUAUUCAAAUGCUGCUUGUGUCUUUUUACGAUUUGAAAGUAUAUACCAGGGCUAGCGUUGAGGGUCAGUAUCGCUGGGCACUUGCUCAUGCUCCAAAUCUUAUAAUAAAUAAAUACGUUUUUCACUUCCAGUCUCCAGACAUGCAAAGAAGGACCAGAGUUGAUGACAGGAAGCAGCCUCUUUUUAUUGCCUUAUGUUUUCCUUCUUGGUGGCUUGUUUGCAUAGGUUGGGCCCAGAGGAAGAGGUCAAGUGAAUGGGCAGCAGGGACAGGGGCAAGGAGAAGAUGGGCCCCAUUCACAUAGGGAAGGGCCCAUAUUGUCUGAGAGGCCUCCAAAACCUGGAGCCAGUUCUGGUUUAUACUGUCCUUUUGUUUGGUUCCAUUCAGGCUUAUAAAAAUAGAAAUAAAAUACUGAAGCUGCAAAUCUUCAUAGCCAAGAAUUAUAGAAUUGUAGAGCUGGAAGGGAACAUGAGGCUCAACUAGUCCCAACCUCUUUUAAUGCAGGAAUAUUUUGCCCAUUGUGGGGCUUGAACCCAUGUCCCUGACAUUAAGAGUCUCGUGCUCUAUCCUUUUAUUAAAUUUUAUUGUUACCGUUCACAUUAACACACCAUACAGAAAAAGAGAAUAAAUUUCCAUCGCCACCAAAGAAAAAAAGAGAAUUAGUACAUCAACUAGUAACCUUCAAAAUAUAAAAUAAAAUCUUUUUCUACCUACCAGACUUCCCAUCUAUUCCUUAUUACAGAUUCUGUAUUAAUCGUUCACUGCCACUGCAUAACGAGUUUUGUUCAAUCUCAAUAUCCCUUGAUCCAUUCAUUGGUUUUUCCACAUUUUUAACACUGCUACUGAAAUUAUUUGAAAGCUGUGUAUGACCUUAAACUACUACUAUUAUUUUUCAAAUAUAUUUUAAAAACUUCCCAUUUUGAGAUAAAUAACUGUUUUGGUUUAUUUUUUAUCUUUUCUGACAUGCUAUCUAAUUCAGCAUAUUCGGCCAAUUUUCGAAUCCAUUCUAAUCUUGACGGGACUUUAUCGCUUUUCCAGUUUGCCGCAAUGAGAACUCUUGCUGCGACCGUAGCAUAUAAGAAGAUCUCUCUAGCCUUUUUAGGAAUAUCUGAGUCUGUGAUUCCCAAAAGGAAAGCUUCCGGUUUCCUAUUAAAAUAUAUUUUUAACAUUUUUUCCAAUUCUAUGUGGAUAUCCUCCCAAAACACCUUGAUUUCUUUACACUGCCACCACAUAUGGAAUAAAGUACUUGGCUUUUCUUUACAUCUCCAGCAAUUAUUAGAGACAUUUUUGAACAUCUUGGACAAUUUCCAGGGGGUUAAAUACCAACAAUGCUGCAUUUUCAGAAAAUUCUCUCUCAGAGAGUAACAGGCUGUAAAAUUCCAAUUUAUUUUCCACAGGUUUUCCCACUGCUUCAUUGUUAUUGAGUACCCAAAAUCUUGUGACCACUUAGUCAUAGCCGCUGUAACCUCCUCCUCCUUGACUUCCCAGUCAAGGAGGAGUCGGUAUUCUUUAGAAAGUGUUUAAAUUCUGGAAUUCACCAAAUCCGAUUCAAAUCUGGAAGUCUCAGUGGAAUAACCAGUUUUGAAUGUCUCAAAUAAUUCGUGAUAUGGAAACCAAUCAACAAUACACUCUCUUAUUUCCCCAAAGCUUUUUAAUUUCAAUUGGUUAUUAUCCUCCUUUAGGAGUACUUUAUACAUUGGCCAGGGUCCCUGAGUAUUUUUUCUCUUAACCACCUUCACCUCUAUUGGCGAGAUUGGUUCGAUUCAGGGCUUAUAAAAAUAGAAAUAAAAUACUGAAGUUGCAAAUGUGCUGUGGGGAGAGGGGAUCAAGGCAUCAAAGCCACCAGACUGGGGGGAACAGAACAGAAAGCAGAGCAUGACAGUUGUAUUACUCUCAAUCCUUUUGCUUUCUCCUUCAGGGGUUGCACCGAUAUCAUCUGCUGCAUCUUGCUUCUGGUUGCCAUUGUGGGCUACAUCGCUGUGGGAGUCGUGGGUAUGUGUUGUAGAACUCUCCAUCUCCCUUUCUCUGGCUCUAGGCAACAGCUGAGUGUUGCUGGUGACUGGGCAAGUAGAUGUAGGGUUGCCAUAUUUUGAAGAGCAAAAAAAGAGGACACAUUUGCCAAUUUCUUCAUUUAACUACAGAUUACUAUGAUGACACUCAUUUUACAUACCCAUGAAAAAGUAGAAGUGUCCUGGAAAAAGAGGACAUAUGGCAAGAAGGUGCACCAUUAUGAAAACAAGGGUUUUAAGCAAACUCUUUUUUAAGUCUGUGGAAUGCACAUCUUCAUAGCCAUGAAUCAUAGAAUUGUAGAGCUGGAGGGAGUAUGAGGAUCCUCUAGUCCAGCGGUUCUCAACCUGUGGGUCCCCAGAUGUUGUUGGACUACAACUACCAUCAUCCCUAGCUAGCAAGGCCAGAGCUCAGGGAUGAUGGGAGUUGUAGUCCAACAACAUCUGGGGACCCACAAGUUGAGAACCGCUGAUCUAGUCCAACCUCCUUUAAUGCAAGAAUAUUUUGCCCAGUGUGGGGCUCAAACCCACAUCCCUGAGAUUAAGAGUCUUGUGCUCUAUCAACUGAACUACCAGUGAAACAUUCUCUUUUUUUAAACAAAGAAAAUGACAACAGCAAACCAUGGUUCUUAGGAAUCCACAUGAGCUGUGGGACUGAAUGUGAAAGCAUGGUAGGCCAUGAAAUUGCCCUGAUAAUAUCUUAUUGCCUCCUCCCUCUGUCUCUUUUUGGAAGGGUUGCUCAUGUAGAAUAAUGUGGUGAUGGUGCCUGUGCUGAGUGGUGUCUUAGUUGGCCAUACGUUGCCAUUUCUCACCCAGGGCAGAGUCACAUGGGGUGAUAUGUGGAACCCCUUUAAUAUUGUGAGUGGCUGCAUUCAGAUUUGGGAGACUCUUGACAGAGAGGCAGUUUAACACAGUGGGUGGAGACUUGGACUUGGAUUCAAAUACCAAGUCACGGCACAGUCUUGAGCAAAAUACCUUCUUUCGUAGGUUAACAUAGCUCAUAAGCUGAAGGAUGAAAUGUACAUGUGAAUAACAGAGAUAUAAUCAUAGUCCAAAACAGUUGCUGGGGAAACUGGGUGAUGUUGCACAAUGUGGAGGGGAGCACGUUGUCAAGCUCUGGAUUUUUGUCUUUUCAGCAUGGACACAAGGAGACCCCCGGAAGGUGAUCUACCCCACAGAUAGCCGUGGGCAGUUCUGUGGCCAGGCCGGAACCCCCAACGAGUAGGUUUCUUAGAAAAAUCCUUUAUUAUCUGCAUGAGUAUAGCCAAUGAGGCACUUUGUAUUAAGAGAGAAUUUUGCACAUGCACCUUCCCUUUCCGGAUUGCCUUUCCAUGUCAUCCCUUCUGGGUAGAAAAGGGAAAGCUUCGUUUCUUGCAAGGCCUGUUUGUCUUAUUCAUGAGGCAACUCGUUUUCCCCCUUAAUGUGGAAUUCUGGAAUUUUCUGAGGCAUCUAAAGUCCCCCUUGGAAUGUUCUCCUGAGUUGCCACAGUCAGUUGGGGCCAGUUGUGUCACAUGCCAGAUGAAUGUCAGGAAACCCCAAAUAGUGGUACAGUGGUACCUCGGGUUACAUACGCUUCAGAUUGCAGACUCCGCUAACCCAGAAAUAGUACCUCAGGUUAAGAACUUUGCUUCAGGAUGAGAACAGAAAUUGUGUAGCGGCGGCGCAGCGGCAGCAGGAGGCCCCAUUAGCUAAAGUGGUGCUUCAAGUUAAGAACAGUUUCAGGUUAAGAACAAACCUCCAGAACGAAUUAAGUACUUAACCCGAGGUACCACUGUAUUCUAGGCCAGGAAUGAAAAUCUAUGCCUCUACAGCAGUGGUGGGAUCAUUCUGACCCACGGGCCUAAUUAGGCCCAACCGUUCUCUUGCUUUGGUUCACAAGAGUGUUUUGGGUUAGCCACAUCUGACAUCAGAUAUGGGCCCUUUCAAGAGCAAGCUCCUGAUUCUUCCUUUGCAGUCAUGGCUUGAAACACCUGGUGUCAUAUAACACUCCUGAGGUGAUUAGCAGGUGGGCAACCCCACUUGCCCAUCAAAGUAACCCAUGGAGGAUCGACCAUGUUUGAUUCCAGCCUUCUGGCCCAAAGGUGUUCCUCACCCCUACUGUACAGGAAAUCUGGUGGGCCUUUCCUCUGACUCUCCUUGUCACCCUCUCCGAUGAGGUGGCAUUGAAUUCAGUGAGGGAGAGGAAGCCAGAGCAGCGUGAGAGGAUAGAAUAAGGAGAAGUGGCUCCCCCCCGUUACAUAUGAAAUUUCAGGGGCAAUUACAUAAGACAAGGGUGUAUUUCAGCAUUUGCAGACUGCAUUCUCCUCCCGGUAGGCAACCACACUGAGUCUUCAGGCAGCAUGGGUUAGGUGAUGUCACUUCCAGAUAGGCCUGAGCUGUGGCAACUUUCAUUUGAAGAACUGGUGAUGGCUAAGGCUGGUAACCCUUGGCACAUCGCUUUGUCUGUGAUCCCCAAGCAGUGCUGGCUGGUCUGCGUAGAGAAUUCUAACCUGUUCAGAAGUGGUUCAGGAGAGUCUGCUGGCACGAGCGAUCUCCUUCAUCUUCUAGAUCUCCACAGUAUGUCAGACUUGCUGAACUUUGGGUUAAAUCCUUUUUAUUAGUUUUUCAAUAAAAAAAAUCCAAUUAACAUAUCAAAUCAUAAUCCAAUUAAAAUAAAAAACUAAAAUAAAAAAGACCAAAUUAUCAUCCAAAUUCUAAUUAUUAAUUUUUCGGGGCUUCCCAUAGUCUGGACCUUGAAGCAUAUCUCCAAAUCUCAAUCCUGCCUCUCCUCGUUGUUUCCAUAUUUUCCACAUCUCAAUUUUAACGCUUUAAGAUUUGCUGAACUUUUGGGACCUAUCUACUGAUAGAAACAUAUGCUGGCUUGGAUGUUCUUAUGGUCCUUUCUCUGUUUCCAGGAAUAAACCUUUCUUGUUCUACUUCAACAUCGUGAAAUGUGCCAGCCCUUUGGUGCUGUUGGAGUUUCAGUGUCCCACCACACAGGUAAAGUUUCUCUCCUUGUCAAUACCUUUGUCCCAGAGAGGUCAGAAUUGCAAGAGCUUUGCGCUCGUCUGCAUAGGACAAAACUUCAUGGACAACAAGGAAGGUGGAUUGCUUUUGCUCAAUGAUAUCUGGAUAUAGACACGCUGUUGUGUAAUGGUACCCAAUAAAGUGCAUGGGAAGAGAGUCAGAGCAAGGAUGCCUUAUAUCCUCUCUUGGUCACAUUGGGGAAAUGGGAAGGGAGGGCAGGGACUUCAAAGAGCAGCUGCCCAGAGAAAGAAAGAGAGCAGUUUUGAACAAUCUAUCCUGGUUGAAUGGGUGAUGUUUGCCUUUUCUUUGAAGUCCCUGAAGCUGUUUGCUGCCUGCCUCUGAGAGACUUCAGCUUCUCACUAGAACCCCACCACAAGUGGACAUGGAAUCAGUAAAAUUAAAAGGAUGUAAAUCUGUGACCUGUCACAGAGGUUGUGCUCUUCAUGUUGAAACUGCCUCAGUUUAAUGUGAUGCAGGGAUGUAUGAAUGUGUGUGUGUGUGUAGGUCAGAAUAAUAAUAAUAAUAAUAAUAAUAAUAAUAAUUAUUAUUAUUAUUAUUAUUAUUAUUAUUAUUAUAUCUGUAUAUCACCCUUCAUCCAAAGAUCACAGAGUGGUUCACAAGAUUAAAAUGCAAAAUGAGAACUCAAAAUACCUAAUAAGACAAAACCAGAAACAAACCAAUGACCCAGCCUCCCACAAACACAUUUAAAAGGUCACAGAAUUGUUCAUUAGCGAAAGGCCUGGUUAUAGAGAAAUAUUUUAGCCUUGCGCCUAAAGAGAUGUAAUGAAGGUGCUAGGUGAGCCUUCCUGGGGAGAGCGUUCCAAAAGUGCGGAGCCACUGCAGAAAAGGCUCGUUCUCAUGUUGCUGCCCCCUGGACUUUUGCGGAGGAGGCACGCGAAGAAGGGCCUUAGAAGAUGAUCUCAGGGUCCAGGUAGGUUCAUAUGGAGAAAGGCAGUCCUUUAGGUAUUGCAGGCCCUUGAGGCAUUUAAGGCUUUAUAGGUCAAAACCAGCACUUUGAAUUGGGCCCAGAAACCGAUUGGCAGCCAGUGGAGUCGGGCCAGGAUCAGUUUAAUAUGCUCGAACUGUUUUGCCCCGGUGAGCUACCCGGCCACUAAAUUCUGCACCAGAAGAAGUUUCAGGGGCAGCCCCAUGUAUGUGUUGCAGUAAUCUAUUAUUCUCUUGAUUUUACCAUUGCCGUAAUCUUCUUUAGUUCUCCCUUGCUAUCAGAGUAUCAAGUCAGAUACACCCUGGGCUAGGUGUUCCAGACUUUAAUUUGAAUGUGGAAAACUGCUUUAAUUUUUUUUUAAAAAUAAUAUUUAUUAUUUUUCCAAAAACACCAAAAAAAAAAGAAGGAAAAAAAGAAAAAGAAAAACAAUACAAUACAAAACAUCAAAUUAACAAAACAAGACUAAGACAAUAAAAUAAAUCAACCAAUUUCAUUAUCCCAUCUUUCAUUCACUUAUUUCCACGACCUCCUCACACCUCCCUUUUUGUAUUCCACUUCUGUUAAUUAUUUCAGCAAUUCCUUUCCAUCUUCCUCUGUUUUCUAUCCUAUAAUUAUCUUAACUCAUUCUAACCUUAUUUUUUCCCCCUUUAAUACUCUAUUAACCUAUCUGUACUUAAUGCCUUAUAAUAUUUCUACUAAAGCCAUAUAACUUCAUUUCAACAUUUUUCUGACAUUCAUUAAUUUUACAAUAUUUCUGUAGAUUGUCUUUAAACCUUUUCCAGUCUUCUUCCACCAACUCCUCUCCCUGGUCUCGGAUUCUGCCAGUCAUUUCCGCCAGUUCCAUGUAGUCCAUCAACUUCAUCUGCCAUUCUUCCCGGGUGGGCAAAUCUUGUGUCUUCCAAUACUUCACGAUGAGUAUUCUUGCUGCUGUUGUUGCGUAAAUAAAAAAGAUUCUAUCCUUCUUUGGCACCAUUUGGCCGACCAUGCCCGGAAAACUGCUUUAAAAGUCCUGUAUUAAAAGAGAGAUAGUGAAGGCUUGUUUGGUGAAUAAUACAUUGUUACAGAAGCGUGCCGUUAUGUUUCAAGACGCUGUUUAUAAAAAGUCUUCAAAAGACAGCAUGCCUGUUAGGAAUGGGAGGCAUUUACAGUAUUUAUGAAAUGGUCAGGAUAUUCAGGGUUUGACAUGGUUUUCAAUUGAGUGAGGUCUACCGCACUGUAAUGAUUCUCUUUUUUUUAGGUUGUUUUGGUUUUUUCCAGUAUAAGGUUACUUUAAAAUGUGGCAACUGUUAUAGGUAAUAUAAUCAAAAUUAUUUAUAUUGGGGGGAUGUUAUCUUUACCGAGGUGGUUUAGCAAUGCUGUUAUGGGUUCUGGAUCGAUAGAAUAUCCUGCAGUUUUAUUUAUGUGAUCUGAUGUUUGUACCCAGUAAUUCUUUAUAUUUUACGGCAAAUCUGCAUAUGGAAAUAAGACCUCACUCUGUCACAGUUUUCUUGACGCGUUUAGAGUGUGGUGAGGACGUGUGAUGUAGCUUUGUUGGCGGUAAAUACCACCUGCUGUAUAAUUUAGAUGUUAGUUUCUGGAUAAUGAGUGAGGAGGCAGUGAGAAACUUUAUUUACAGAUGCCAAGCACCACUGUAAGUUUGCAUUAGCAUGUGUUAGUAAUCUUCUCUGUUGCUGGAAAUAUAUUAGACUAGGAGCCAAUGCCUUUUACCUGUGGUAGACAUCUGGAAGUGGUCAAUGAUUUGGAAAGAGGUGUUUGAAACUAUCAGUUGAAUUACUCACGUAGUAAUUAACACCAUGGAUAUUAUCAUUUGGUUACAUUGAACAUUUGAUAACUAAAAGGAAGGAAGAACUGGUGUCAAACGUAACUAUUAUGGCCAGAAUAGAUCUAUACCACAAGGUCCACAAUCGAAAGAUGGGUUGAAUAAGGUCUGCAGCACAUAUAUGGUAAAACUCUUGCAUCAGCUCAUUUCAAGAAGACAAGAAAGGCUGGCUGAUCUAAUAAGUUUUGUGUUAAAUUGGAAUUCAUUUGUUCAGUACUCUUUUUCAGAAAAUGUAAAAUGUUUACAGUCUUGAUACAAUGUUAUAGUAUUAUUUAUAUCCUGCCUUUUACCCAGACUUGGGACUAUUGACGAUUCUGUUAUUUUAUGUAUGGUACACAAUUUAUUAUACAAUUCUAGAUCAAAAAAACCACACUGAGAUACCUUUUCAGUCAGUUAAAAGUUGAUCUAACCAAUUCAUUAAUUUAGCACUGCAGUCCUGGUUCAAAUAAAUUAUAUCGUUUGUACAGUAGUUGUCCCUUAAGGAAUCCAUCAUAUAAGGGUUCUCAAGAGAAGACACGAAUAAUUUUCCCCAGUAGCGGGGCCAAGGUUAUGAUGCUAGAUGAAAGAAAAACAAAGGAAUGUGGGGUGGUCCAGGACAACUGCACAUUAGAGGCAAAACAGAGGAAAAUGGGGAAAGGUAACAUUGGGAUGGAGUCAAAAUGAAAGCAUUAGGAAGCAUUACUGUAUUUUAAUAUUUUGUUGGAAGCCACCCAGAGUGGCUGGGGAAGCCCAGCCAGAUGGGCGGGGUAUGUAUGUAUGUAUGUAUGUAUGAAUAAAUAAAUAAAUAAAUAAAGGGUGAAAAAACAAAAUGCCCUAUGUGAACAAAACUGCCAAAUACAGUGGUACCUUGGUUUUCGAACAGCUUAGUUCUUGAACUACUUGGAGCCCGAACACUUCAAACCUGGAAAUGAGUAUUCUGGUUUUCGAACUUUUUUCGGAAGCUGAACGUGCUCUGUUCUGAGUAAAACUUCCAGUUUGAGUUCCACACUUCCGUUUUCCGAGUAAGGGAAGGCAGGCUGGGCAGCAAGCGAGCAGGCACCUGCCACCCUCCAGCGCUGGGUCUCUCCAUCACCACAGCAACCACCCCUUCCUCCAGCUGAGUGAGGGAAGGCUGAACCGGGGUGGCAAGUGAGCAGGCAAGGGUUGUCGCCGCCACCCCUCCGCCUGCUCCUUGCAAGUGGGAGUGGGAUCGGGCUGCUCCUCUACGCAGCGUUGCUGCUUGCACGGGAACAGGAGCUGGAUCGGGGCUGCUCAGCUGGGGAGGUGCAGGCUCCAUCACACUUUCCGUUGAGGGGUUCGCGGCUGCACUCCCCUCAAGGGAGAAGUUUAAAGGAGCCCCUGCACCACCUGUUUUGCAUUACUUUCUCUGGGAAAGCGUGCCUUGGUUUUGGAAUGCUUUGGUUUUGGAACAGACUUCCAGAACCGAUUAAGUUUGAGAACCAAGGUACCACUGUAAUGUAGAGAUUUGUCACUGCUGCUGGGAAUCGGAACCUUGCUAGAUAAGCGGUGUCUGAAUUGAGACACUAAAUUGCUCUUCUUCUUGCGACUGUUUCAGAUCUGUGUUGAAAAGUGCCCAGAUCGGUACCUCACCUACCUGCAGGCCUCAACAGUCGGCGCAGCCAGCGAGGAACUCAAAUACUAUGAGCAAUUUUGUGUCCCAGAAUUUAAAAACCGGAAGAAGGUGAGUGAGCAUUACGGAUGCAUAAUGGCUGGGAACUAGUUCAGACUUAAGGGUGAUCUUCCGUUCUGCUUUUGCCUUUGUUUUACUGGGAGGUUAUCCUCCUUUGGGCAGGAAUAACCUGUUCCUUUUCCCCCUCUCUCAGGCCCUGAGUGCACCUGAAGUUUUGAAAGAUGAUCUGUGCCCAGCCAUGCUCACUCCAAGCAAACCCUGUAAGUCUGUCCGAGGGAGCAAACCAGUGGGGGAAAGCCUAGGGAUUUUAUUAAUAGUUUCUUGAACACCUCAGUAGUCAGUCUUAAUGCAGCUCAAGCUUUCAGUGGCUGUGACUCCCAGCCACUUCCAUUGUCAGAAAGAGCCUCAGCUUAGCCUUUCCACACAAAGACUACCACAAUGGUGACUCCGUUGAGACUUCUUAUCUGGGAGUAUGGGAAUCUGAAAUUUGAAAACAAUAAGCUUCUGAGGAACCAGCCCACUUGUUCUGGGCUAGAGCAGAGCCUCAGACCCAGCAUAUAUUAUCCCCCACUUCAUGCACUAAACAGUUGUUAUCUCUAUUGUUGGCAUGAAGGCCAUAAUCCUCAGAGACCUUGCCAACUCUCCAGGGGGAAAAAUGGCCUGGCUGUUUUUAGUUUCAUUUUAACCUCUGAGCCAGUUGCCAGAGGUUUUUUGGGAUAGAAAGCCAAAAAUUUGGGAUGGCUGUCAGCUUUUUUCUAACAAAGCUAUUCAGUUUCUAUAACUAUUUGAAUGGAAGUAACCAUCAUUUUCACCUUUAGUACACUACAUAUGCACUAGAGCACAAGAUAGUUGACUUCAGACCUUGCACACCAUUUCAGAUAUGGCUGCAAUAAAGACUGUGGGGUUCAUGUGUGUUGUUCCUUUGCUGCUGCCUCCCCCACCAGGCUUUAUUUACCCAAGGUGAGGAAAGGCAGAGCAACCUGGUGAUGUGGCACCCACAGUUGUGGCAAUUGCACUUGCGCCCAUUUCCUUGUGUGGCCCCGCUUCCUGACCUACCACCCGAAUUUUUGAAAUUAAAAUUGGCUACCAUACAUGAUCCCUGAACCCACACCCGAGUAGGUUGGCUCAGUGUGGAUUUUGAAUAUCAAUCCCCUCUCUAAGAAAAUCGAAUUAAUUCUGAAGGAUCAUAAGAAAGCAGAAAUAGAUAUUUGGGUUGGGUAGAAAGGUUAUAUUUUCCCCCAGUGACGUCUGGGAAUACUAGGUCGGGAACUCCUUGCUGGCUCCCCCCACCCCACCCCCAGGGCUUGACUUUGCUUGUGAGCUGCACCCUUUGUGGGGAUGAGGGAGAGCUGUGAGCCAGGCAAGAGGAUUUGAACAUGAAGGACAGCUACAGCUGCACAAGGAGAAAAGGAAGUAAUCUGAUUACACCUGUCCCUCUGAUUCAUUUUGAAUGUCUGUGGCAAAUAAAGCAUCUAUUAAAUCACAACAAAGUUCGAAACAAGUCUUCUGGCUAGUCAUGUGCAUUACAAACACUUGGAUGGGAGAGGCCGAGAGGCCUUGGGGUGCUGAUUACUCAGUGAGUUGUCAGUUAACUCUUGGGUGUUGGGGCAAGGGAUGGAGAUGCAAUGAUCUAUAAAGAGGUCUUGUUCAACACUAAGUAUGCUGACACCAACUCAGUAUAUGCUGAGUGGAGCCCUGGUUCCUAUAGUAGGUUGAGGGAGGUCACUCCAAGCAUCAGAUGAAAUCGCUAAGCAUGCAUAAGGAUUUAGCCAAUUUGCAACCCCCACUUUGCCUCUUCAGUUGCCAAAUCUCACUCUUACCUGCUUGAAAGCAGCUUGGGGUGUGGGUGUGUGUUGUAGUUUUCCUCUCAGCCCGCUGAUUAUAGAGGGUCUUUUAAGCAGAGAACAAGGGGAGGGGGUGCGUACUAGUCUUCCUGCUGCUUAGAUCUCUCUUACAUGUUGCGAUCCUCAGUGGCUCGCAGAUGUCUACCUGCAGUCAGCUCGAAGAAAGGGGUCAUCAUGGUUGGGAACAAGACCACCUUUAAUGACGGAAAAGGACAUGAGAGGAAUGUGACGGAACUUCUGGAAGGGGCCAAGUGAGUCUUAAGUGUGUGUGUUGGGUGGUGAUGAGCAGAAAGGGGCUUUGUAGACCUAGUUAUUCCAAAUUUGACCAAAGAAUACUUUUUGCCGACUUUGCUUAAAUUACUUGUGUUAUUCUGGUUGUUCAGCCUGGUCCCCAGUAAUUUGUAGUUUUCUUGUUCUAGUUCUUUUCAUCACACGUGGCAGAAACUGGGACAUUAGAAAAACCAGGGUUGUGUUGAGACAACAGAUGGGGCUGGCGCGGGUUGUAGAGGAAAAGGUGGGGUAUGUGCUGAGAAGACCCCCAUCUGACUACUCCUCUAAUCUGUUAGGGGAAAUCACAUGCUAUCUUCCACCUUAAAAAUGUAAAGGUAAAGGACCCCUGACUGUUAGGUCCAGUCACAGACAACUCUGAGGUUGUGCACUCAGCUCGCUCUAUAAGCCGAGGGAGCCGGCAUUUGUCUGCAGACAGUUUUUCUGGGUCUUGUGGCCAGCAUGACUAAGCCGCUUCUGGCAAAGCCUAUUUAUCUACUUGCACGUUUAUGUGCCUUUGAACUGCUAGGUUGGCAGGAGCUGGGACCGAGCAAUGGGAGCUCACCCCGUCGCGGGGAUUCGAACUGCCGACCUUCUGAUCGGCAAGCCCAAGAGGCUCAGUGGCUUAGACCACAGCGCCACCCGUGUCCCACCUUACCCUGGCCAAAAAAAAGGCUCCACUUCUUCCAGGAGACUUGCUAUAUUCCGUGUUCUCUGGCAGCUACAAGGAUUUUCCAAUUCCUUUUCUGGGAUGCUGCCAAAGUCCUUCUGGACAGCAUGAUGAAAACGCUUCUCAGGCCUUGAGAUAUAGAACCUUAAUGUGCUGCAUAUAUGGAACUGCCCUCUGCUUGUCAACCAUCCUUCUCCCCAUGCAAAGGGAAAUCCUGUGCUCACAAUUGUUGAGUCUCUCAGCAUAAGUGAAGUUCCUGCAGUGUCAGUGAGCAGUUAGUGCUCUACCUAACACCAGACUCUGCAGCUUUCUUAUCUCAAAUAAAGCUCCCAGUAUGUAUCCGAAUACAAUUCAAAGUGUUGGUGCCGAACUUUAAAGCCCUAAAUGGCCUUGGCCCAGUAUAAAUGAAGGAGCGUCUCCACCAGUGCUGGAUUUAUGUAUAAGCUAAACAAGCUACAGUCAUAACUUGGGUUAUGAACGCUGUGGGUUGCACGUUUUCGGGUUGCGGACCACACUGAACCCGGAAGUACCAGACUUCUGGGUUUCGGCGCUUGUGCAUAUGCAGAAGUGCAAAAUGAUGUCAUGUGCAGAAGUGCCGAAUUGCAUCAUGCGUGUGCGCAGACGCGGCGCUUCAGGCUGCGAACGCUGCGAGUCGCGAACGUGCCUCCCGCACGGAUCACGUUCGCAACCCGAGGUAUGACUGUAUAGCUUAGGGCCACACUCUGUUGGGGCCCCCCAAAAAAAUUAAAGGAAAAAAACCUGGAUGUACAUUUCUUCACCUUUCCUGUGCUUCUCACUUCUUACUUUGAAUUCCAGAAAAGCAAAUGUGGUUCUGGAGGCGAGACAAGUGGCUAUGAAGAUCUUUGAAGAUUACACUGUUUCCUGGUACUGGAUAAUAAUGUAAGCAGAGAACGGAAUAGUUCAGCUAAGGGUGGAAUGAGAAGUCUAAUGGGAGUAGCGAAAAGGAAGCUCUGGCUCUGUUCCAAAGGCAAAGGACCUUUCGGACUUACAGGCCAUCUUAGGAGUUUUUCAAGUUCUGGAAGUCCAGCUGAGCAUUUCACCAUUGUGAAGACCUGUGUCUUCUGCUGUAUUUCCCCCUUGAAAGUAGUGAAAAGGAACACCACAAGAAUCCUUAAGGGCCACCUGGCACUUUUCUCCAUUAUUAAAGAUGGAUAUAUUGAACUGAGACUUGCAACCAGAGGGUUUUUUCAUGAUUGGUUCAAAUCACUGUAUCAGAUUCAGCCCCACAUCCUUCUGUCUCUCUAUAUAUGUAUGUAUGUAUGUAUGUAUGUACUUGUGUGUAUAAUAUAUCACAUCACUGUUCCGAUGGAUUAAGGGGAACAGUCUCAGAGCUGCUUAUAUGGUGUAUCAAAGGCCCGCAGACCAUUCUCUGGGAUUCCUACCCCUUUUUUGCCCAUGCUUAUCUCUUUGGUUCCCUGGUCUCUGCAGUUCUUUGCCUGUCAACUACCUUCUUGCUAAUGGUUCAUAGCCCCUUUUGUCAGCUUUUUAUGACCCAUAAUGAACUUCAAUUCCCUUGAUAUGAUUUGCACUGUUCACCUUCAUUCUGCUACUGAUUCGUUUACCCCAAGUAGUUAAAAUGUUUGUUCAACGCAGCAUCUUCACCCAGUAGCUUGUGAGUUGCUUGGUAGUUCAAGAAUGUCUUGAGAAAUCCCUUGUCUUGAGAAAUCCCUUGUUGUCUUCUAUCUGCAGAGGUCUGGUGAUUUCCAUGGUGGUCAGUCUCAUCUUUAUUGUCCUGCUCCGGUUCCUAGCAGGGAUCAUGGUCUGGGUGAUGAUUGUGCUGGUGAUCCUGGUGCUUGGAUAUGGUGAGUUUGGUUAAGCCCAGGGAUCUGGGCAGGUGGGCUGGAUGCCUACUGGAAUUAAUAAUAAAUAAUAAUAAUAAUAAUAAUAAUAAUAAUAAUAAUAAAUUUAUUACUUAUACCUCACUUCUCUGACUGGGUUGCCCAGUCUGGCAGCUUCCAAGAAAUUAAAACAUCAAACACAGUAAAACAUCAAACAUGAAAAAGCUUCCCUAUAUAGGAUUGCCUUUAUAUAAUUGUUUAUUUUCUUGACAUCUGAUGGAAGGGCAUUCCACAGGAUGGGUGCCACUACUGAGAAGGCCCUCUGCCAGUUUCCCUGUAACUUCACUUCUCACAGUGAAGGAACUGUCACAAGACCCUCAGAGCUGGACCUCAGUGUCUGGGCUGAACGAUGGGAGUGGAGACACUCCUUCAGGUAUACAUUCCCACUAAUGGUCUACCUCAGCACCAUAUGCUUCUUUCCACCCACUCUUGGUGGUGAAAUGUCUCCCUUUCCGCUUGUGGCAGGUGGCACAGCUUGCUUACUGUUACUCAGGUGAGCCUUGCUAGACCUCACUUUGGGAAUCCCCUUACUUGUGACUUUGCUUGUUGGUGCUAGAACUGGGCCUGGGGUAAUGCCAUUGUUUUGGAUCUUUGCCUCAGUUUAGGGGAUGCUCUGAGUGACCUUUAUAGAUCUUGCUGUGCAAAUUAUAAAAUUGUUUCCACUGUGAAUCCAGGGAAGGUGAGCUGAGGAUCAAGUAGAAGUUAGGAAGUUUGAUGUAGCACCGGUCACUUCCACAGUAGCCUCUUCAGUUAUCCUUCCUGUCCCCCUUAUUUUUUUUAUUUUUUUUAAUGUUGCACUUAGAAGUAACUCAUGUCUUGAGGAAGAGGAAGGGAAAGUUGCCCAGGUGAACAACUUAGUUGUAGUUGGAAAAGAUUGCAACAGAGUCUGUAAUUUCUGAAUAGAUGAUAAAACUGUCCCUGCUGCAAGUUAAUUGGUCCUUCUAAUUCUGUGUUAGAAUAUCACUUCAGAAGACCGUUCUCUUUACGUUAUAUUCAGACUGUUGACAUAUUUCCCCUCUCUGCAUGCAAGUAGCAUCUGGUUUUCACAGAACGUGUGUGGACAUGAUGUCAUUAAGCAGUUCAUAAAUGAUGAUUAUUAAUAAGGUCCCCUUCCACCUUUUCAUUCAACUCCCCCUCUACCCACAACCUGGCACCUUGAACUGAACUGAUCUAAAUCCUUUUCAAACUCUGAAUAAUUCUCAUGAACUGUUGCAACAGAAUUGAACACAGGAAGUCAGGUAAAGCCUUGAGGACAAGCCUGGACUGCUCCUUCCCUAAACCUUUGAUAUGACAGGCACUUCUGAACUUGCUUCCCCAUUGGUACGCUUUGCACUCUGGUGUUUAACAGCGGGACAGCUUUCAACCAUUUGGUAUGUUGGAGGUAUUAAGCCAAGGCAGUGGGCAACCGUGUUCACUGCUGCUUUCAUCUUGUAGGAAUCUUUCAUUGCUACAUGGAAUAUGCCCAGCUGAAAGGACAGGCUGGUUCUGAUGUUUCCCUGAAAGAACUUGGGUUCCAGACAGAUCUCCGUGUCUACCUCCAUCUGAAGCAAACCUGGCUGGCCUUCAGUAAGUCUUCUGCUCAGCUGAGCGCUUCACAAUGAGUGUGUCUCCUUGUUAGCCAUGCCCUCCUAUGUGUUGAUGAAAGACCAGGAGGAGGAGAAGGACUUCCUCAGGCCUCUGUGCAGACCCAGGGAUGGGAAGUCUGUAGCCCUUGAGGAAUUGUUGAGCUCAGUCUUGCAUCAUCCCUGACUACUGGCCAUGCUGGUUGAGGCUGAUGCAAGUUGGAGUCCCAACUACAUCAGAAGAGCCAGAUGAUCCCUAAAAGUGACUUGCUCCAAGAACCAUCCAGAGUCACUUGUUUGGUGUUUUACCCUGCUUUGUGGAAUCAGAGCACAGGAGGGCUCAGGUUCCUCUCUCUUGUCUCUCUCUUUCUCUCGCACAUCACCUCUCUGUUUCCUUGCCCAGUGAUCAUCCUAUGCAUUGUGGAGGUUGUCAUCAUUUUACUGCUCAUCUUCUUGCGCAAGAGGAUUCUCAUUGCCAUUGCAUUGAUCAAGGAAGCCAGCAGGUGAGCCUGAUGUGGCAUGUGCCCAAUAGAUCGCCUUGCAAGGGUGCUUUUAUCUCCCCGCCCCGCCCCCCAUCCCUAGUGUUUGCAGAUAUCCAGAGCAGUUUUUUGUUCUGUCUGAUUCUGCUGCUGGGAAAUCUAGCGGGACUAGCCAAAAUCAAAGAGGCAAGAACAGACAGUUCCAGGGUUCAGGGCAACUACCUUCUAACUAGAAAUACUGUACGGUCAUACCUUUGAUCCUGAACGCCCUGGAACUCGUCCAUUUUGGCUCCUGAACACUGCAAACUUGAAGUGAUUGUUCUGGUUUGCAAACGUUCUUUGCAAUGUCCGACGGGGCUUCUGCUGCUUCUGAUUGGCUUCAGGAGCCGCGAUUUGGUUUUCAAAUGUUUUGGAAGUCGAAUGGAUUUUUGGAACGGAUUCUGUUCAACUUCUAAGGUACGACUGUAGUUAAUGAGAAUGUCCAUCUCAGACACAGCCUGACCGGCCACUCCCAGGAGAUCGUUGGGUAAUUGUUUUCUAGUAGAAGUGUUUCAAGUAAAAGUGUGAGAGGAGAGUAGCUGCAGUGAAUCGUCACUUCUAGAUUGGGAUCUGGCAACUCUUCUUGGUGGGACAGGAAGCCAGUCCACAGUGAAGCUAAAGGGAAGUGACAGAGGUCCUUGCCCUGCCUAGACAGAGCUGGGGCCUCGCAACUGACUUGUGUACCUUUUCUUUCUCCUGUCCCCUCUGACAGAGCAAUUGGUCACAUCAUGACAUCCCUGCUGUUCCCUCUCUGCACUUUCUUCCUGGUGUGUCUCUGUAUUGCUUAUUGGGCCAGCACAGCUGUGUAUCCUUACUCAGUUCCCCCCCACCUCCCCUGCUCUCAUGGGAGAAUGGAUUAAGGCGGUAUGGUUGGGUGGGAGGGAGGGAUUCCAGGAAACUGCCUGGUGUUCCAAGUCUGCUUUCAAGCAGGCAAGAAUGGGGCUUAAAUUUCUGCAAAGCUCCUUGACUGCUCCCAGUUUCUUGUCUACCUCCAAUGAAGCUGUCUACAAGGUGUUCAACGAGACAGAGUGCAUUUACGCUAGAACGACCUGCAACCCGGAGGUAAGAAAUCUGAAAUAGUCACUAAUGGAGAUGUCUUCAUUGCAUAAUGGGCAAAAAAGGAUGUGUCCAGAAUUAUUGUCUUGCUUUCUCCAUGGGGCUUCUCUUGAAGGGUCAGCUGGGUGCAGAAUGGAGCAUUCUGCUUCCUGCUGGAAUUGAGGCAGUGCUCCAGGAGUCAUACUGCAGACUUGGCUCAAAUACUCUGAACAGGCUUUCAUUCCCAAAUGCUUUCUCCUCCCCUGCCGGACUGCUCAAAAAUCUGCCGAGGGUCUUAAUUAUUUUUCUCCCUAUUGUAGCAAUUGUAAUGUGGUGUGCUAUGUGCCAUGUGAUCUUUAAUUGCAUUUGCAUUGCUGCUUUUAUUUCUUACAAAUUAAGAAAUCUCAUAAACUCGAUAAUGAAUUCAGAUUGUAAUAAAGUAUGGGAAAUAAAAGAAGCAGUAAAAAUGCCAUUAAAAAAUGAUACAAAUGUUCACUCACAAGUCCACAGACACACUGUGGGUCACCUGAAUAAAGCUUGCAGACCACAGGUCAGGAACUUCUGUUGUAGAAAGCUUAAAUUCUGAGUGGCCCAUGGAGGCUGUGGGAUCUCCCUUGCAUCCUGAUUCUGGGUGGAUUCAGACAACCUGUGUGGCCUGAUGGUCACCGGCUGCAUGGAGGCGGAAAGCCCACUUCGCUCUGUGAUUAAAGUUUCACAGAGUCAGGUUAUCUUGUGAUAGCUGCAAACCUCUCACAUGGUGUCUGCCCAAAUCUGGACGAUACCAGAUUAGGGAACUAGUUCUCAAAAGGAUGAGGCAGCUGAAAUGCCAGCAGCUGGGAGAGGCAUAAGUUCAUUGAUUGUGUUUGUAUAUGAAAUCAGCUGCUGCCUGCCCCCAACUUCCUGAUCAGUUGUACAUGCUACAUAUUACCCCCUUUCACAUUGUGGUUUUGCUUCCCUGUGUCCCCACCUCAUCCCAGCCAAACGCCAUGAAAGCUAUGCAGUGAGAGUCGUCUCUCUGCUGGGGAUUUGCCAGUCCCUUUGAGGAGGUGGGAAAUAUGGCUUGACCCAAUAUCAGUUUCCCCUGCCUGCCCAUCCUGUGGAAAACUGAAAAGGGAAGCCCCACAUGACACGUUUGCAAGAAUGACCUGACUUCAUUUUUUCUGGCAGGGUCCCAACUCUAAAAUACUGACCCACAAUUUGGGGAGAGAUUUCAAAAUGUUAACGUCACAAACUGCAGCUUCUUCCUAUCAACCUGCCCAGAUCUAAGUACUCGUAUCCAUUUCUAAAAUAGAACAUGAUGCAAACAGAACUGCCGCACGCCCUCAUUCUCAAGUGGGCACCUUCACUCCGGUAGGGUUCCCCUUUAUCACAUACACAGCCCAACAAGACAAUAAGAAGAAUCCGCUGACAGCAUACAAAUCAAUCUGGCUGACCUGAUCCAAACACACACACACACACACACACACACACACACACACACACCCCUACUUACACACAAAAACAAAUCUCACUACAGCCAACCAAAGACAACCAACCAUACCCUAGGCCACCCCCAAGCUCUCUCACCACCAAGGAAAUACAACAAGCAAAGAGUAAGAGAACCCACACAAGUGAUGUUGACACAACUCCCCCCCACACUAAGUUGAAGAAUAGAAGCAUUGUCACCCAACCCCAGUCACCAUUCCCUCCUCCCCCUCUUUCCGCCUCUUUUCUUCCCAACCUAACACUGUAUGUAACACUAAUGUCUCACAAGAAAUGAAACUAAUCUGUAGAAAACACAACUUGAAAAAACGCAUGUAUUUUUGUAAACGUAAGAAAUCCUUAUUGAAAAUAUAUUCAAGUGGAAUUCUGAAGCUGCCUGUCUGGCUCCUAUAGUGAUGAGAGUAACAUCAUUUUCUUCCUUCUUUUUUUAGACCUUCAAUACUUCCAACGUCACCAAAGUGUGCCCAAGCGCUCGCUGCCUCUUUGCCUUCUACGGUGGCGAGAGCACCUACCACAAGUACCUCAUCAUCUUCCAGAUCUACAAUGUCUUUAUGUUCUUCUGGCUGGCAAACUUUGUCAUUGCCUUGGGCCAAGUCACGCUGGCCGGAGCCUUUGCCUCGUACUAUUGGGCCUUUAAGAAACCAGAUGACAUGCCAGCCUUCCCUCUGUUCUCCUCCUUUGGCAGAGCACUCAGGUACAAAGACUGGGGUGGGCAGGAGAGUUGCAGCAUGCAAUUCUUGACAGUCGGAAGUUCCUGCAUCAGUGUUUCUCAUGCUUGGGUCUCCGGCUGUUGUUAGACUACAACUCCCAUCAUUCCCUGGCCACUGGUCCUGCUGGUUAGGAAUGACAGGAAUUGUAUUCCAACAGCAGCUGGAGACCCGAGUUUGAGAAACACUGCCCUGCACACUGCAGGACCAGGGAAGGAUGCAGGGUUUGUUGGCUGAACAGGAUCCUAGAUAGACAAGGCAGGUUUCUGCACAGUGAUUUCAGCUCAGUAUUGGACUAUCUGCACUCUGGGCUAGAUAGGGCAUGCAGACUGGAAAAUGGUAGAGCAUUCAAGUCAUUGUGGUAUAGAAAAGAGCUUUGAUAUCCUAGGAGCUGGCACACAGCAGAGGCUUGUUAUUUCCAAUUGCAUACAGAAAACAGAGCCUUGUUUACCACUUAACAUCAGGGCUGGGCAACCUGUGGCCCUUCAGAUAUUGUCAGGCUACAACUCCCAUCAUUUCUGGAUAUUGGCCAUGCUGGCUGGGGCUGAUGGGAUUUGGAGUCCAACAGCAACCUUAUCUCUGGUUGACAUCUUUAUCUGAAUCAGGAUAAUUUUGAGGCAGUUGAUUUGCAUGAUCUGUGGAGAAGUCCCAGGGCAGAACAGCAUCAUAGCAAGCUCCAAGAAGGUGCUUAGCAUGGUUCCAUUACUGAAGGGGGCUUUGGUGAUUUCUUCCCAGGAGGAGGUCAGAUUCCGGGCAGAGGGAGCUUAAAGCCAGUUGGAGUGAAUGAGCCUUAGAAGUAGGCCAGCAGCCCAUAAGGAUAUGCUGCAAAGCCCAAUAUGGAAAUUGGGGUUCAAAAUGGAACUUGGAAACUCAGGCCAGUGUACCUAGUGGCUAGACAAGCAGGGUCUCCUGUCCCACUGUGCAGGCUGAUACAGCGUCCUUUGUCAUAGUUCACAAAUGCUCUGAAGCCACAGCAAACACACUUUUUCUGCUCCCCCUAACAGGUAUCACACUGGCUCACUAGCCUUCGGCUCCCUCAUUCUUGCUAUUGUCCAGGUCAUUCGAGUCAUGCUGGAAUAUUUGGAUCACAGGCUAAAAGGUACUAAGCAGGGGGAAGGAUUUAGUACAGGAAGUGUGCUAGGAAUGAGAGUCCACCUCUUUCCUUUGGCCACGCAUCAGUAGGCUCAGUUGGCAUGAAAUCAUUUUUCCAUGUUUAGAUUGGGAGAUCUUCUCCCUUUCCCUCUCUUUCUCUGCCACCUAGCUAGACAUCUUGGGGCUGUCUUUGGAUUCUUGAGUCUCUCCUUUUGUAUUCUUAAGAGGGAUAUUUUUUAUGCUCCGGGGUGCUGUUGAAGGAUGUGCCCGGCCCGAGAAUACAGUUAAGCCUAUGAGUUAUAACUCCCAAUAAGCAAAAUGAAAAUUGUGCCAAGAAUACAAGCUAUGGAAAUAGUGUGAAAUUUCUGCAGAUGUCUCUUUCUGCAAUUUUCUCACAUCUUUGUUAUGCAGUCAGGGCUUGAAAUUUGGGGUAUUUUUGACAGGCAGGUGAGUAGCGGCAGCAGAAUAUCCCAGUACAGUCGUACCUUGGUUUUCGAACAGCUUAGUUCUUGAAUAUUUAGGCUCCCAAAUGCCACAAACUUGGAAGUGAGUGUUCUGGUUUGCGAACUAUUUUUGGAAGCUUCCUGCAGCCAAUCAGAAGCUGCGCUUUGGUUUCUGAAUGUUUUGGAAGUCAAAUGGACUUCCGGAACAGAUUCUGUUCGACUUCCGAGGUACGACUGUAUAUUACAGGGUGGGGAAGAGGGAACUACAAAUAGCUCCACAAGCCAAGACAGCCCUGGCCCCUGAGCACUGCAGCUCCCUACCCCACCCUGCUCACAGAGACAGAUGCUUUGGUCCAGCAGGUCUGGUGCACAUACAAAUCCUAGCAUGUUGACAUUUCCUCAUUGUCUUGAAUGAUGCUUUCCACUGCACUCUGGACCAAGGGCAUAACUCUUGAAGUUAUCCCUUUUAAAAAGCUGCUCUUUUUAAUAACAAAGGCUAGGAUCCUUCAAGUGUUAAUGAUAAUUCCAGAUUCUGUGCUUGUGAGCAACUGUGUGCAUGGGUUCCUGCCCAGUCUGACAAAUAGAUAAUUUUUUUCUCCUCCUCUUCCUUGUUGCCAUCCUUGCAUUAGCUGCCGACAACAAGUGUGCCAAGUUCUUCUUGACCUGUCUCAAAUGCUGCUUCUGGUGCCUCGAGAAGUUCAUCAAGUUCUUGAACAGGAAUGCCUACAUUAUGGUGAGGAAUCUUGACCGUUCUCAGGGAAUUCAUGCAGAGUUGUAGAUGCUCAGAUGAUCAUGGGGAUGACUGCCAAACCAGUUAGCCAAGCCAUUAGCAGGAGAGGCUAUUAGAUGCCUUAGUUAUACUUUAGACUAGGGGUGGACCUACAUUUUGGGGACCCUGAAGCCUGAACUGUUAUGGGGGGCCCCUUUGCAACCAGCAAUGAGGUCUGGGUAACCACUGUUGGCUUCUUCAGUGGGGUCAUUUACAACAACCUUUACAACAUCUGUGCUACCGAAUCUCAAAUUUUGGGAUUGUUGAAAUGUAUACAGUGGAACCUCAGUUUUUAAACUUAAUCCGUUCCAGAAGACUGGUUUGGCUUCCAAAAAGUUCAAAAACUGAGGAUCAGUGGGCUGGCUGCAAAGUCAAUGGGAAAAAAUGAAAAAUGCGGCUUGGAAGCCGAAAAUUGUUUCUGAAAAUUGUUCAAAAACCGGAGCUUUUUACUUCCGGGUUUUCGGCAUUCAGGAGCUGAAACGUUCCAAAACAAAGGCAUUCGGGAACCGAGGUUUGACUGUACAACAAAAAAGUAACCAAUUUAAGCCUACUAGACCCAUUUUUAACAAAAGCAAUGUGGACUUAAAUUGCUUCUGGGGCUCCUCCAGGAUUAGAGGCCCAGAAGCUUAACCUUCAUUAGUUUCAUAGUAUAUCUGUCCCUGCUUUAGACCUUGAAGAAGCCUCUGGCUAGAUCUACACUCAACUUUUAAACGUUAUUACAAUGAUUAGAAAUAGCGUUCUAAAACGGCAAGACAUGGAAGGUCUGCUUUUGGUUUCUCCUUUGCUUCUUUUCCAUAGCAUCUUCCAGGUUUCCAGUAGUUGGUUGCUCUGCAGCACCCUCUGGGGUCACAUUUUAAUAACACAUUAUGAACGUUUAAAAAGAACGUCAUAUGGCUAUAUGGUUAUCAGAAUCAUCCCUUACCUCUUUUUUUAGCAUUAAAAACCACGAGUGUUGAUCCGCCCUCUGUUUUCAGGUAUAUUGAGGCUUGGAAUGUGUCUAGGUCAAAUGUUUCCAAAUUUUUCAUGCUGGUGACACACCUUUUAGAAAUGCAUCAUUUCGCGAUGCAGUAAUUCAGUUUUAUUAGCAAGCCGGAAGUUAAACUAACCCCUCUCCAGCCCUGGGAGGAGUGCGGGGAGCAUUUGCAUUUGUGUAACACGCCUACACACUGCAGCCGACACACUAACAUGUCGCGACACACAGUUUGGAAAGCUCUGGUGAUCCCUGUGAUUUGGGGGAUGCUGUAACAUGACAUGUUUGGUACUGCUACCAAACCUUGUACUCAAGACAUCCCUGUUCUUUCAACCUGUGCGGGUUCUUCUGAUGACAAGGACAUGAAGAGGAGACCUCAAAGAUGCAGAGAGGGUGUUCUAUUGACUCAAAGGUGUUUUGAAUCUGCUGACAUUAUGGUUUGAGCUCUAUUGAAAGAUAUUCAGAUAUGGCGUGGAAGAUAUGACUAACUUUUUUUUAGAAAAGAAGCUGUGUUGGCUGUUCCACAGACUUGAAACAUUUUAGGCCAAGCCAAUAAACCAUCCUUUGUUAACUGUUGAGGUAUUCAAUCUAUAUUCUUGCAUUUGGUGUCAUCCCACCUUUGGCCACAGUUGACAAGAACCAGCACAGAGAGACACCAUAAAGGAAAGCACAGAAACUCCCAACAUGCUCUCUCUGCCUGCAAGUCCUCUUUGCAUUCUGGAUACAGAGCAGCACUGAUACUGAGCAAAUGUCACAUUGUCACGAUCAAUGCAAAUCAUCCAUCUGGUCUGGGGCAUGAGGUCAAAAGCUCCUGAUUAAAGUACCCUGGACAACUUGACGGAAUGUUCAUAUUCUCUUUGGUGAUUUCCUCCCCCACAGAUUGCCAUUUAUGGCACUAACUUCUGCACUUCUGCAAGAAAUGCCUUCUUCCUGCUCAUGAGGAAUAUCGUCAGGUGAGGGCCUGCCAAUGAGUUGCCUGGUUAUUACUGCUUCAGGGCUUUAAACAGGGAUAGCCAGCUUCUUUGGACUGGCGGGGAGCAUCCUCCUUGGGCAAGCUACUUUGGGAUGAAAUUCUUCCAGCUUUAAGGUUCCCUCUCAUUUCCCUCCCACUCCUUUUAAGCAUUUUGUUCAGAGACAGCUUGCCCACCUGCCCUGGCCCCAUGCUGAAGAAUCCUCUCAGAGCUACAAGAGAGGGUGUGCAGCUUCUGCCAACUGGCACACAAUGUAAAAUGACAUGGUGUCAUAUCCCAUAUCUUUAGAACUGGGAAGGAUCCCAAGUGCCAAAACCACUGCCCAAAUGGGCAUAUGGGCAAUAGGGAAUAGAUGUCAGUUGGCUGGUUCAGAGGGCCUUCUUGGUAGUGGCACCUGCCCUGUGGAAUCCCACCACCACCACCACAUGUCAAGGAGAUUAAUAACUAUACAACUUUUAGAAGACAUCUGAAAGCAGGAAUUUUUAAAUAUUUUAUUGUGUUUUUAUAUUUUGCUGGAAGCUGCCCGGUGUGGCUGGGCCAACCCAGUCAGCUGGGUGGCAUAUUAAUAAUAAAAUUAUUGUUAUUAACAUUGCACUGGCUUGUAGGCAAGGUUUGGGGAUGUGGUCAGGGCUCUAUAUUUCCUGUGUAAAGAAAGCUUCGGUCCUAAAUUCAAAAUUGGGAAUGGAUCAUUUUCUUGCAAACUUGGUGAUUUUGAUGCGAACCAGCUCGAUUCAUGUGCUCUGUUUGAACCAGCUGUUUGAGAGAAUGCAGACUUGAGAAUUUCCCUGCACAAAGGAGAAAUGUGGAGGGAGGAGAGGCAUGGUGAAGUCCAGUAUCAGAGGUGUGAAUGGGGAAGCAAUAUAAAUCCUGAGCCACAAAAAUGGCAUGUGUACUGCAGGGGUCUGCAAUCCAUGAUCUGUAGGUUGUGCCCAGUCCAACAAGGGAAAAUGCAUGGUGGUUCAUUUACCUAUAAUCUAAAGUGGCCUUCUCUAACCUGGUGCCCUCCACAUGCUGUUAAGACUGCCUGAUGUUCUGGGAGUUGUAGUCCAACAACAUCUAGAGGGCACCAGGUUGGGAAAAGCUGCCUACAGAAACUUUACUCGGGAGUCUCUUCUAGGCAUUGCUAGAAAUUUCGCUAACAUAAUUCCACAACGGAGAGGAGGCUUAGAAAAUUAUUGUUUCUCCUAUCUGCUUUCAGGGUUGCUGUUCUGGAUAAAGUCACAGACUUCCUGCUUUUCCUUGGCAAACUCCUGAUUGUGGGAAGUGUUGGUAAGUUCUUGGGGAUAUUUCAGGCCUCCUCUCAAAUAUCCUUCAUCCUCUGAACUGAUUUAUUCAGCUUCUCCUCGGGAAUGAAAUGCCUUCCAUUUGCAGAGGCCCUCCGCCCCCUCAUUCCCAGCAUUGUUUUGCUUCUUACUUCCUUUUUGCUCAGCUUGUUCCCACUGCACACAGAUAGAAAACGCAGGGUCCAAGAGCUAAUUUUGCAGAGAAGGGGGAUGUUUAUUUGUGCAGAGACCUUGUCGAAAGAUGCAUGGGGCACAGAGGGAAUAGCUUCUGAGGUGGAGGAGGGGAGGAAUGGAUUCAAAAGUUUGACUUGAAGAUCAGACAGAAAAUUCUGAGAUGAAAUGAUUUUGUUUUUCUUUCCUCUUUUAGGUAUACUUGCCUUCUUCUUUUUCACCCACAGGAUAAAAGUUAUUCAAGACACAGCACCACCCCUUAACUACUACUGGGUCCCCAUUCUGGUUGGUAUCUAAGCUAAGGACUUCUUCAGUUCUUAACGCCCCUACUACAUAUUUUGGAAGCUAAAGUUUCUUUUGCAUAUUCUGUCUUUCAGCUAUGAUCGUUUGAGUUAGUCCUUGUUAGUUGUGUUGCUUGUUGAGGACGCAGGGGAAGGAAGGAGAAAACCACUAUUAAUUUGCAGUAAUAUCUAUAUUGGACUCUCUGUCUUACAUUUAUUUCACCUGCAACGAGUUCAAGGCGGUGAAUGUGGUUCUCCCCGCCACCUAUUUUAUUCUCACAACAACCUUGUGAGUUUUGGCAGAAAGUAACUGACUGCUCCAAGGUAAUCAUCUUGACUUUUAUGAACCCAGGUUUCAACUCUUGACUUCUUGCAAAAGUUGCAGCUUCAACGCCAUUUCUAGUUUGCAGCCGCUGGCUAGCUGAGAUGCAGCUCGUAACAGAGACGAUUCUCUGCUUUUUCUUGCAGACGGUGGUUGUAGGCUCCUAUCUAAUUGCACACGGAUUCUUCAGUGUGUAUGCCAUGUGUGUGGACACACUCUUCCUGUGUUUCUGUAAGUAUCCAGCUCUGGUGCCAUUCUAGUGAAACAAGCACGUUUGCCCAAGCACUAUAAACUGUAAUGGAAAUGCUCCAGUCACUGUGGUAUUAAACCAGCAGCUGCUGAAAAUGUCCUGCAGGCAGUUUCUCCUAUGCCUCCCCUACCCACAAAAGAACCACAAAUUCCUGAUUCCUUGGGCCAUAGUGCAAGAGGACCCUCAGAAGGCAUGAUGCAGGCCAGAAAAAAUGGUCCUGCAUGGGCCUUGCUUUUGCCAAAAGGUUGGGCUCUAGUGAUAUUCCAUUCCAGAUAACAGCCAUGUCAGUCUGUUACAGCACAAACUGCUGUUGUGCAUUGAAGGCUAACAGAUUCAUUGUGAUCUAUGUCAUGUCAUCUGUCACUGACUUCUCUUCUGGGGGACACAUUCGGAUAAACUGACUUUUGAAUACCAGUCAUAGAAGCUGUAGGCUACAAAAGAACCCUCAGCCCUUCUGCCCUUAUUUUGCCUCUGCAUUUUCCAGCACUCGUUUGCUAAUCAAUUGGAUUACGAAGUUUAAUUGGUAGAUUUAAUCAGCUGAAGCUGAUUAACUGAAGAGGGCAGUUUCUAACCGGGAAGGCUGAGAGUUUUGAUUUUUAGCCUACUUUGCAUUUUAGUAUCUUCUUGUCAUGGGAAGUGCUAAAAAAUGAAGAGUGGUAAUUUAAAAUGUACAGCCCGCUCCUAUUCAUGCUUAUUCAGAAAGAUGCCCACUUACUGUAUUGGGGUUUGCUCCCAAUGCCAUGCUACGCUAUGCUUCCUUCCUCACAUAUCUGAAAAGGGCACCUCUGAGGUUUAGGUAACUUGCACACUUGCACAUUUAUUUUGAUUUAAGUAGUUGCCCUUCUUGAUCAUUUAAAUCCUAGAGUGCCCCUAUAUGUGUCUGUCUUUUUGUUGCAUUUGCAUUGCAGCAGAAUUGCAUAUUGACUUAAAAUGUGUUUGAGGCAGCCAAUCGAUUCCGUUCCCAAGGGAGAAUUUCCUUCCCAUUCCCUUGGUCAUAUUCCGCUCUUGUUGUCUCCAGCCUCUUUCCCGAUUCCUUUUCUUUCUCUGAAUUAGAAACCCUCUAUCUGGCUGUGAGUUUCCCCCAUUAGGUACUGCAUUUACCACCUCAGUGCUUCUCAGAUUGUAGGUGCAUGUGAAAGAGAUCUUCAGCAGAGGCAGAAAAGACUGCCUACUUGGCUGAAUUGUUGCAGUUUUAUUUAGCUGAGAGGCUCCCCUGUAACCAUCCAAGUCUUCCCUGUUAGGUAGCAGUCAAGGACAGGCAGAAUGUGCCUUCCUAUCUCAAGUCUUUAUUUGCCUCCGCCUCCCACACUGUGAGGCACACACACACACACACACACACACACACACACACACACAAAAAGGGGGGGGGAGAGAACUAGAGUUUAGGAUUGAUCAAAGGAAGGACUUUUCUCACACAGUUGGCUUACGGAACUCACUGUUCUAAGAUAUGGUCAUGGCCAUCGAUUCAGCAGACUUUAAAAAGCAUCAGGAGAAGUCUGCCAUUCACUAUUUGUCAGAACAGUGAUGCAGAACCUCCCCAGAUUCACAGCUAGGAUACCUCUUGUCUACCUGAUGCAGGAAAGAGAGAACUUGGGACAGCUGUUGAGUUUAGGCUUGGUUUGUGGCUUUCCCAUAGGCAUCUAGCUGGUUUGGGAGGGGAUGCAGUGUGGGAAUAAUUGACAGGUCCAAGGUCAUGCAGUGAGCUUCAUGGCUGCGUGAGGAUUUGAACCCUGGUUUCCUAGAUCUUGGGACAGCACUACACCAUACCAGCUCUCUGGUUCUGGAAAUGACUCAUUUUAGCCACAUGGUAGCAGGGUCAUACGAGCUGACUCCUCUUGCGAUUGUGAAACUAUAAACUUCUGAUUUUUCCUUCAUGUCUCCGCCAUCAGCUCAGUUAGCAACUCCUCCGCUUUCGCUAUAGUAGCAAGCAUUUUCCAUAGCAUAAAAGCAGUUGACUGCCUAAGCUGCCUUACUCUCUUUCUGGGUGGAGGAAUCUAUUUGCAACUAACUCCAAAUCUUCUCUUUCUCUCUCUCUCUCUCUCUCCCCUUUUUGUUUUGUAUUCCUUUGCUUUUGUCUUUAUAUGUUUUGCUUUGCUUCUCUCUUGUCCAUCCUUCUGCGGCUGCUUUCUCUGUCUUCCGUGGGAUCCCAAAAGGUGAAGACCUGGAAAGGAAUGAUGGAUCUCCUGAGCGGCCUUAUUACAUGUCCCCCGCACUGAGUGAAAUCCUGCUGAAGGGAAGCCUAGAAUCUUCCAAAAGUGCUGAGAGCCAGGAAUAGGGACUGGUGCACGGAGUGGGAGAGGCACACGCAGGUUCCCCACUGUGAGCCUUGUGCACACCUGCCUGGUCCGUGUGCAGGUGUUGUUCCUUCAUGGCUGCCCUGAGAACUGGUGCAAACCUCCUAGUUUUGCUGUUCUGGGAAACAGUGCUUCCUCUGGCAAGUGGGAGGCAAACAUUCUGGCGCCAGAGGAGCGGAAGCGGAAGUUCAAGGCCAAAUGCGUUUAAUGUCAGGAAAACUCGCCGCAUCUCCCUUGUUUGCACCAUGUGGUGCUGUUUUCUGCUCUCCCCAAAAUGCCAUCGCUAUAGCAAGUCUGGCUAUUUAACCGGUUGCAUAAAUAAGCAGAAUGCAUACAGUACAGAGUGGGUGCUGCAGAUAUUUACAUUAAGUAUUGGAUCAUUUCUUGGACUUGCCCUUUCCUUGACUAGGCAGAUGUAGAACAGAGCCAUUUAUUUGGUUAUCAGUGAAUUUCGAGAGCAGAUGCUUUUGUCCAAAGGGGCAAAAUAACCAAAAUUAUUGAGGUGCUAGGGAUAUCUUUGGCUGGUUGGGCUGGUUUUGAGUUGAGUCUACUUAGACGGGAGGCUUCAAAUUGCUUAGGACUUGCUUCCAGGCAGAAGUAAGUGGAGGAGGAAAGGGAUUCUAGCAUAGCAGCAAAGAGUUGUUUCUUUGUUUUGAAGUUCCUGCUGCAACUUUGUGGGGCUCUUGGCCAUUUCUCCCAGAAGCUUUGAGUUUCCUUCAUUUUCAGUUCCUUUACUUAUUUUGUUGAAAAGCAGUAUUCUGUACAACCUGCAAGCUUGCUAUCCUGCUGGAUGAUCCCUUUUACUGAACUGUUCUGACACUCUAGCAUGCCAUUGAGAUUACAGUAGCUUGCAGAGUAAUCUUUAUCAAUAUACAACAUUUGCUUGUAUGUAACUUCUCUACAGCUUGUCUUGAUGCGGAAAGCAAUGGCUACUACCGUAUUUUUCGCUCUAUAAGACGCACCAGACCACAAGACGCACCUAGUUUUUGGAGGAGGAAAACAAGAAAAAAAAUAUUCUGAAUCUCAGAAGCCAGAACAGCAAGAGGGAUCGCUGCGCAGUGAAAGCAGGAAUCUCUCUUGCUGUUCUGGCUUCUGGGAUAGCUGCGCAGCCUGCAUUCGCUCCAUAAGACGCACACACAUUUCUCCUUGCUUUUUUGGAGGGAAAAAAGUGAGUCUUAUAGAGCAAAAAAUACGGUAAUUUCCCUAAUGGCUCUCUUCCUAGGCUAUGGUCCCAAUCCCACACAGCUAUGUAUGCUUAAGCCCAUUGAAAUACACAAGUUUUAGCAUACCAUACUGAACUAUAGUCAAAGUGUAGUGUUGAAAUUCCCAGUGUAGCCUUGAAAUUCCCAAUGUACAUCUUUGCAAAGUCCUUAAUUAAGCUAAUAAUGAUCUUGAAAAAUCUGUGACUGAUAUCUCCUUCCUAUGGCACAUAAAGUAUUAGAUUUUCUUCCUCAAAAUACAACCCCCCUGGUUUUUCAGUAUUGUAUAAAGCUGGAGUUUAUUUUUGUCUGCUUUACAAAAGUUUUAUUAGCUGAACAUAGUAUAUGUCAGGAUAUUUAUUCCUUGUGCCAGAAAAACAAAUCUGGCUCCAAUCAUUGUAAAACUAAAGGGUAUUGUUUUUUGUUUUUGUUUUUGGUGGGGAUGGGGAGGGAAGGUGAGUUAGCAAACAACUGUGAAUUUGCUUAGGAAAGGAUGAAAAGGAAUUAUGUGGGUUUGGCAGAGGCUAGGCAGUCAGAAAGGAAAGUGGGGCAGACAGAACGCUGUAUUGGGAGGUUUUCCUGAAAACACUUAAUACAUUCUGCAUCUUGUUCCACACGGCAUCAAACUUCCAGAUUCCAUCUCGGAAAACUCAGUGCCUUAUUAAAGAGAUACUUCCUUUAUGUUAGCUCUCCUGGUGUCAUGUGGAACAUUAUCCACUUCAAGUUUAUGGUCUGGAAUUACCUUUGAUUAAAUAUAAUUAUGAUAAGUUUUUUUGAUUUUUUUGUCCCUGGCUUCUUGGUUAUCCUUGAGAGUUGCUUUUGGCACAGAUAUUCUGUAAACAUGCAAAAGAUAGCAUAGGAUCAAUUCAAAAUGAAAUUAAAUGAAUGUUGACAAAGACUCACUAGUGAUCUUCAUCACAAUGAGAUGGAAACUUGUUUUUUUAAAGAUGAAAUUGGAGACCAAAAGCAUUAUAAAUUCUGUAGUGUUUCAUGAGACAAUGGCCAGCCUGGAAACUCCUGUGGCUAGUGGCAGGCAGUUGUUUUCUAAAGAAGCUAAAUGAGAGAAAGGUUUUCCUUCCCAUGAUGUGUACACAUUUCUUCUGCCCCAGGGUUGUCUCUGGCUAAACAGGUUCUGGAAGCAAAAUAAAAGGUGAAAAUCAUUUUCCAGAGGCAAUACUGGUAUGAAAUCCAAAAAACUAUGGUCCUACUGCUGCCUGUUGAUGACCUGAGCAGGCAGAGCACUUUUUGAAGUUUUUGAAGACGUCACUGUUUCUGGUGGACUUUUUUUUGGAGCAGUCAAUUUUGGUUUUGAGCAGAUCACUCAUACCUGUAUCAGGAAUAUGCCUCUUUCUUGUGCUGCACCAGUUUUUAAAAAUAUAUAUAUGCAGGGAAGUUGACAAAAGGCUGCAAAGACAGAACUUUGUGAAGAGAAGGCCAGAUGCAGGUUUUUGUUUUUUUUAAAAUAUUUUAUUAAGGAUUUUCUUGUUUUACAGAAGUGUAGUGCCUCGUAUUUUUUUUUUUUCAUGUAACAUUUUUACAAAUCCGUUUCAUUUGUUUGAUAUGCGUCUGGCAAAUGGGCCAGUAUGCUAUUCACAUACAUUGGAUCUUAUAUCACAAAAGAGGCAUAGUAUUUGUCAGGAUGUGAGUAGGGGAAUGGUGCUCUUUACAAAGCUUAAUUGAUCAGUUUGAUGCUAAUAAAAAAGAUAAAGAAUUUCCAAAUAAAAAGACAAGCAGAGCAAAACUUCAUAUAACUUAUCACCACCACUGUUGCUGCCAUGGCCAGAGGCAGUAUUCUUCAGCUUCUCUUCCUGCUUCCCCAUGGAGGAAAAAAGAUCCUCUUCAUUGCCACCCCUUGGAAAAAGAAAGCAGGUGUAAAAACUUGACUCUGCAUUUUAAAUAUGCAAAUUGAACUCCUCAUCUUCUCCGAUUCUGCUUGCCUGGAAUCCUGCUAAAUUUAAAAGGCUGUUGAAUUAAAUUCUAUCCUCAAAAGAAGCUGUGCAGUUCAGAGUUCAUACGUACCUGCUUGUUGUGCAUUGCAAGGUUCAACUGACAGCUUCGUUCUAAGCACUCAAUUUACAUGCAGAGAGGAGGGAAGUUGUGAGCUUCCCACUUAAUUUUCUUAAUGCAAAUGUUGCCUCAAAUAUGAGAUUUCAUCUCGAUCUUGACAUCUGUGGAAUCAUUAGGACACUGCCAGAGCCUUGAGAAUGGGGUGAUCCAUCUCCUCGCACUGAGACAUGGUUGAGGAAACCCAUCCUGACCAUAUCCUCCACUAUGAGGAAUUGUUCAAUCUUCCUUGAGGAAAAGUGGAAGGAUUGACUUGUCAGUUCGAAAUCCUUCUCAGUUUGGGACAUGCAUCUAGAGUAGGGAACACUAGCUUGCUUGGGGGGAGUCCCAGCCUCCAGUUAGUGGUGUCAGGUUUCCCUGUGUUUUCACAGGUUCAGAUUGCUAACACUUUCCCUUUGUAAUGGCCUUACUUGAUCCCAGAUACCUGCCAUUUGGUACUUGGGAGACAGACUUUUUCACAUCCCUUUUGCUGGGGGAAUUUGUCUCUCUUUGCAGUGGAAGAUCUGGAACGUAAUGAUGGCUCUACCGAAAAGCCUUACUUCAUGUCAUCUAAUCUGAGAAAGCUCUUGAAGAAGACCAACAAACAGCAAGCAGAUGCAUAGCUGACCCUCCCGUUCAUUCCUGUUGCUUCCGUUGGUAGCAUGCAGCAGACGCACUGGAAUUAACCAGUCUGAGAUUUGUCGAGCCUUUUCUUUGAAGAGCAGCAGUCUGUGGGGUCCUGCUUCCACUUGCUGUGCCAGAACAACAGUAGAUUUGGAAACACUCUUGGCCCACCCCCCUUGAAAAACGAGGAACUUCUGUCACAAUAGCUCCAUCUGAAGUCUUGAGUGUAGAGGUAUCUGCUACUACGUCAAAGCCUCCCUGCUCACGAUCAGCCUGGAGUGGCUGGGUUUCUUGCUUGCCAGUGCAGAAGCAGUUUGCAGAAACGGUAGAUUUCAGUUGCCAGCAGUCCAGGGAGGCUGUAACCCGCUAGCCAGCUGAGCUGAUUUCAUUCCAUUAACUUGUUUCAGUAGACUCCAAACUGGCCUCAAUCCAAGUGUUCUGGCUUAAUCUUAAAACAAAUAAUCUUUGAGAAGUUGGAUCAUUCCAAUAACACAUUUUUUAACCGUUUGUAUUUACUAAGUGUCUUUUCUCCUUGCCGUGGCGUUUACUUCAUUAUAUAUACCCUUUGCCACUUGGGAUAGACACCUUUAAAGGAGCAAGCUGCCUUUCAGCAUGGCACGUUGUCUUGGUGGAUAAUUUAUAACCUCUUCCAAAUGACUAGCAGCCUUUCAUACAAAUGCUGUGAAGAAAAUCUUAUAGGCAACUGUUGUUGGGGUUGCCGGUGAAAGAAAGCUUGGGUAAUAGCGCUGUUGUUUCUUGAAUGAGGAUGGGGCAAAAUGGUUGUAGCAGCUUUGACUUGCUAAAUAGGGAAAGGUCUUCAAAAUAUUAUUUGCAAGAAAAAAGCUGUGUGUUUGUUGGGCGGGGGGAAGUAAACAAAGUAAGUAUGAACUUUGGAAUAACUAAAUAUGAGGCAGAACCUAAAUAUAUGCAAAAAAUGUAUCACUAAAAUGCAAGGAUGUAGGAGGAUUAGUUGGAAAGAGUUCCAAAUUGUGGCUACAGGAAUUGGUAACUUUCCACAAAGGUAAUGAUAAUACCAUCAAUCAAUUUUUAAAUCUGGGCAGUUAAUUUUGUGUUUGCUUUUUAUAGUCCUUUUCUACUCUCCUAUACAUCCCUGUAUCUUUCAAAAAUUAUUUUAUAACUGAAACAUUAAACAUUUUGUUUUGUAC